GGUGGGAGAGAGAGAGAGAGAGAAAGUUGCCCCCUGGAAGACUUUGGGGUGGGGUGGGGGUGUCCCCACUUUGGUGCCACUAUGAAGUAGUUGGUUAGAGGUCUGAACAGGAGAUCUGCAGCCACCUUCUCUUCUCUGCCCCAGUUCCCUUUGCUUUGGGGUGUAUGGGAGGGGUCCUGGAUUUGUUUAUUGGGAUUUCCUUUCUUUUUUAAAUGCACUGCUGUAUAUUUUAUGUUCUUCCCCAAACGCCACUCCUCCCCAGCCCUCGCUGUCUGUCUGAACUGGUGACUUCAGUAUGGUGGGAGCGACUCGGCCUCGAGCCGUCUAUAGCUUGACAGAUGUCACCCCUGCCCGGACGAUUUGGGUGUACCGUAAUGGCGACCCCUUCUAUUUGGGAAGGAAGUUUGUGAUAAACCACCGCUACGUGCCUAACUUCGAAGCCUUCAUGAUACAACUCAACGAAGGCGUGGCCACACCCUUUGGGGUGAGGAACAUAUACACACCCCGCCAAGGGCAUUCGGUUAUUGACCUGACCGACAUUGAGCAAGGAGGCAGAUACGUGGUUGCCGGCAGGGAAAGGUUUAGGAAACUGAAGUAAGUAUGAAGAGGUUUGAACGGAGGUGAUCAGGAACAAUUUGGGUGAUGCAGAUCCUGUAGUCUAGUGUAUCAAAAUGCGCAGGAACGUGAGAUUUCUCUUCAAUUGGAAACCGGAGUGGCUUUCCAAGACAUGCAUAUUGUAGAGAAUUUUCAGAUGUUAGUCUUGCAUAUGAAAGGAUUGUCCCUGUAUUUCCUAAAAAGAUAGAAUUGUAGAGCCUGGAAGGGAUCCAAAGGAUCAUUCCUGUGCAAUGCAGGAAUCACAGCUAAGGAAUCUCUGAGGUUGACAGCCCAGCCACAUUCCAUUACCUAGGCUUGACACCUGAGUGUACUACACCAGAAAAAAGUGCCUAUGUUGCAAAAGGUUUUGUCUCCCCCUUACAUCAUGUGGAUGUUGCUACCUUGAUUUGAUUUUGCAAUUCUGGCCUUUCAGAUAGCUUACACUCUUUACAGAGACUGAAUGCAUCCAAACCAUACAUGUAUAAAGGUAAAGGGACCCCUGACCAUUAGGUCCAGUCGUGACCGACUGGGGUUGCGGCGCUCAUCUCGCUUUAUUGGCCGAGGGAGCCGGCGUACAGCUUCUGAGUCAUGUGGCCAGCAUGACUAAGCCGCUUCUGGCGAACCAGAGCAGCGCACGGAAACGCUGUUUACCUUCCUGCUGGAGCGGUACCUAUUUAUCUACUUGCACUUUGACAUGCUUUUGAACUGCUAGGUUGGCAGGAGCAGGGACCGAGCAAUGGGAGCUCACCCCGUUGUGGGGACUCAAACCGCUGACCUUCUGAUUGACAAGUCCUAGGCUCUGUGGUUUAACCCACAGCGCCACCCGCGUCCCUGUGUAGACAUACCCAAAUAAGGACUGGCCUCUUAAUACAGGACUGAGGAACCUGUGGCGCUUCAGAUGUUGCAGGACUGCUACUUCCUUCACUCCUGAUUGUUUGCCAGGCUAGGGCUGAUCAGAGUUGAAUGUAGUCCAAUAACAUCUGAAGGACUCCCUGUUCAUUACUCUUAACGCAAACAACUUCUUUUCCUGCUUUGUGUCUUCUCCCUUUCCAGUGCUCUUUGAUGGUGUUCACUAUUCUGCUCUCCGUUGCCAAUCCUCUUUCCUUCCCUCCUUCAUUCCCUUGGUUACGAGCCCAAAACAAGUCUGCAGACUCUUAUGAUUACUUACUAUUUCACUAAAGGGUGAUUGAGUAAAAACAUCUAAGAUUUCCAACUUAAAUGUGAAUCUCCUGUCUGGAAUACAACAGUAAAAAGCAUUAUACCAACGUGUUCCUGACAUUGUUCUUGCUUGGUGAAUUUAAUGGAGAGAAGUGCAGGCAGAAAUUGGAAUCACUCACAGAUAACAAUUCUUUGAAUACUGAAAUGCAGCUUUCAAGGCCAUUUAUUUUAAUUCUGAGCAGCGGUUUUGAGUAGGCUGUGUUUACAUUCCUCUCUGUGUUGUAAGUGCAAACCCGUUUGAUCAGAUUUUUGUUUGAACCUACUUAUGCCCUCACAAAUGGAGGAUGACUGCUGUUUGCAUUUGUUUAUUAGUGUUUCAGGGCAGAGGAAAUAAAAUCCAUUUCCUUGCUCUUCUCAGAGUUCAAUACAUUUGGAGUAAACAUGGAAUGCAGAGGUUUCACUGUAGGUUACAAGUUUGUAAAGUGCCUAUAAAUUUGUGAACUUGGAUGCCUGUGAAGUGACUCUUCUUAUACAUUUGAAGAAUUGAAAAUGACACCACACCACAGUAGAUUUAAAAUAAACUGAAAGAUCCCAAGCACAUUCUAUUUAUGGGUAUGGUAAAGUACAGUAACUUUACAGCAUCAUUUUUUAUUAUUAUUUAUGCUUACGCAUUUUCUAUGAGGCAGUCAUUUGUGGAAAACUUGAAUGUUUCUAAAACAACAGUCUUGUGGAACCUUAAAGAGUAACAAGUUUAUUAUUUACUUUACUUUAUUUAUUUAUUGAAUUUAUAUACCACUCUAUACUCCCAAGUCUCAGGGCAGUUCACAGAAUAAAAUCAGAAUAUAAAUACCACAAAAUACAUAAUCAAAAUAAAAACAAAACCACCCAGGAACCCUCCCCCUCAACACAUUUCAAAAGGGCAUAAGAUGUCAAAGGAAUGUUUUUGACUGGUGCCUAAAGGUGUAUAAUGAAGGCGCCAGGCAAACUUCCCUGGGGAGAGCAUUCCACAGAUGGGGAGCCACUGCAGAAAAGGCCCAUUCUCGUGUUGCCACCCUCUGGACCUCUUCUGGAGGAGGCACACGAAGAAGGGCCUCAGAAGAUGAUCUCAGGGUCUGGGUAGGUGCAUAUGGAUGGCAUAUAAUGGCAUAAACUUUUGUGGACUUAUCCCUACUUCAUCUAAGUCAGUGAAAGCUUAAACCCUUUCUCUCCUGCUCUGAGACUUCAAAACGAGUUGCUCUUUCAAAGUCAGAUGCCUGUAUCUGGUGGUACAGCAGCCUCUGUUUCUGGUAUUAAUUUGGACUAAGAAGAUUCAGAUAAAUCAAGGUCCUGUAUUCCGUGAGGCCAAAAUGUUUAACUGAAUUUGCAAGCUGUUGAAUAACAUUUUGUUUAUUCUGAUUAUAUUUUUCCUUUUAAGUUAUUUCAGUAUAGGGGCAAAGAAACCUCAAAGAAAGAAGAGGGAUGAGGUGGUGAGUAUUUGAUCAGUGGCGUUUUCAUUUAUUUGGCAGCAAGAAACGUUUGCUCAGUCUUCCUAACACCAACUCAUUUAAAUAGAGAAGUUCAAGGCACCUUUGAAGUUAUGCUAAAGUCAUGCUCAACUUCCAUAAGCCCCAGCCAGCAUUGCCCCAAUGACCAGUGAUUUUUAAAUCCCUGGAGGACCGCAGGUUCCCCACCCUUCCUUUAGACCAGGGAUAGUCAACCUUUUUCGUGGGUGGUGCUGUGGGUUAAACCACAGAGCCUAGGACUUGCCAAUCAGAAGGUCGGCUGUUCAUAUCCCUGCAACGGGGUGAGCUCCCGUUGCUCAGUCCCUGCUCCUGCCAACCUAGCAGUUCGAAAGCAUGUCAAAGUGCAAGUGGAUAAAUAGGUACCGCUCCGGCGGGAAGGUAAACAGCGUUUCCGUGCGCUGCUCUGGUUCGCCAGAAGUGGCUUAGUCAUGCUGGCCACAUGACCCGGAAGCUGUACGCCAGCUCCCUCGGCCAAUAAAGCAAGAUGAGUGCCGCAACCCCAGAGUCGUCUGCGACUGGACCUAAUGGUCAGGGGUCCCUUUACCUUUACCUUUAGUCAACCUUUUUAUACUUACCGCCCACUAAUGCUUUUUUCUUGAUGGUAAAAUUUCCUUACCGCCCACUAGUGCUGCAGUAACAUGUGGUGUAGAACCCCCUACCGCCCACCUGGAAUCCUGAAACGCCCACUAGUGGGCACUAGGGACCAGGUUGACUACUCCUGGUUUAGACUAACCAUGAUUUGCUCGAGUUUAUGCAAAACUGCAAACAGUGGGUAGUUUAAAACUGGAAGCAAAGAAAAGAACCCCUACUCCCUUUCGAUGCUGUUGUUUGCCCAUAGAGAGACCUAUAAGUUUGGCCAUGAAGUAAAUAGAUAGCUGUUUUAGGGAGAUUAUAAUCAGGAAGACAGUAUUGGGGUGGAAAGGCUAACCUCUCUCCUCCCGCAUACCUGUGGUCCCAAUCCAGAUAGUUCACAUGCAUGGAACAUCUGUUUUGCCUUGAAGGGAAGGAACUUCCUCAUUCUGCCUGAUAGUGACUCUCCUUCUGUGACAAACAGCAACUUUCAAAGGUUGCUGAAAAGGCAGUGGUUGUGACACAGUGUGUUACGAAGUGCAAAUCAUAUAUAAAUUGGGACUUUAGAAUCCUGGUAGAUUUCUCCAACUUCUGACCAAGUGUAGCAGCUUAAAUUAUAUCAUUUUACUUAUAUAUACUGCCUGCUUUAAUUAUUAAAUUUUAGAAACAUGUUGCAUCAUACAAUUUGAGUUUCACUGUUUUUGCAGAUUCGACCUGUGGUCCACAGUAAUAUAAAAGUACCUUCCAAAUGGCAAUCAAACUAUAAUAAGCCACUAAAUAUUAGGUAAGUAUAUGGUUAUUGUUGUUGUUGUUUAAAAGUAGUGCAUAUAUUAUUAACAAAUCCUCAGAUGUUAUCAAUGUUCUUCUGAAAUAAAAAAUAACUAUAAAGAUGGCUAGAGUGUUUGACUAGGAUCUGUGUUCAAAUCCUUAGUUAGGCAUGAAGUUAACCAGGUGACCUUUGCCUAGUCAUUGCCUGUGUCCGAAACAUCACCGCUAGGCACGUCCAAAGUCCGCUUCGGGGGCCUAAUUCAGCCAGCCGGCUAGUUUAAUCUGGCCCCUGUGGCAGUUUAUUUCCUGGGGUAAAAUCCUAAAAAAAAAACCUCAACAACUUAAAUCCUCAACAACUUUGGUUGGCCCUCACGGCCCUUCACUUUAUCAAAUCUGGCCCUCUUUGAAAAAAAUUUAGACACCCACUGCGUGGCAUAAACCAUGGCUCGCCAUGCACAAAGACUGGGGACAAAUAAACAACAACCCCCAGCUUAAUGUUACCUAUGAACAGGUGCAGGUAAUCUUGGGCCAUCUAGAUGUCCCUGAGCAAUUCGCAUCAUCCUUGGCUGUUGACCAUGUGCACUGGUCUUAAGGGAGUUGUAGUUCAGUAACAUCCGAGGGCCUGAAGUUUCCCACACUUGCCUCAGAACAAGGGCUGCAAAUGGGCACGACAGUCUUUGCUCCCUUUGUGUGCUAGUGGGAAGGAGCAAAACUAUUGGGCACAUUCAUGGUAAACGAUUAACUGUGGUUUACCAUGGUAUGCAGAUGGGGCUGCUACCUCUCAGCCUAGGAUGGCAUAGGAUUGCUGUGGACAGUGCUUUUUUCCUAGAAACCUAACUCACCAUGAUGUUACAGUAAGUUCUACUCUUUUUAACAACAGCAAAACAGAGGUUCCAGUACUGCGUACCCUUGAGUGUCCCUUAAAAUCAAAGCACUGGUUGUGGGGAGAGAAUCAUGUAUACCGUCCUGGGCUCCUUGGAGAAUGGGUGGGAUAAAAAUACACGGAAUAAAUUACAGAACUUAAGUUUGUCUCCAUGUGAGAGAGGUUUUGCAGAGCAAGCUGCUGUCUUUAGUUCUUUUGUAGGACAAGGAAAGUAAGCAGACUUUCAGCAUUCACAGCAACUAGUAUUUGAACAAUUUGUAUUGCUUAUCUGGAUUGACGAGGAUCAUGUAAAGAAGAUCUAAUUCUCACUUUUUCAGACUUCUGAGUUAUGUAAAGAAAAAUGGCAGGGAUGGGUGUGUUUAAAAGUACUUGAAAAUGAGUUGGGAUAUCCUUGACCAGAAGGACUAACAAUACUUUCUUUAGACUAUUCAUAUUUAUUAUUGGCCCAAUAUAUUUGUAAAUAAAAUUCAUUUUAAUUUAGGGUCCAUGGUUUGUAUCUAUGCCCUGAGAAUUCCACUAGAUGGCCCCAAAUAUCCUCUGCUAGCAACCUCUGUGGCUUGUAGAAUUUUGUUUUAAAUAUAAGCAGCCAAAUAUAAAUAUUUGACUUGAGAGUUAAUCUGAAAUCAAGCUGCAUUUGAGUUUGUUGGUGUCUCUGGUAACGUCUCUCUCUUACAUAAUAGAUGGUGGUUCAUAUUUAUGGAUGGAUGUUCUGUAUUAUUUUGUUAAUACUAUUGCUACAAGUCUCUCAUUGCCUUUUGCUUGAACAAUAAACCUAUUUGUUUCGAGACCAGAAUUGUAUAUCAGAUCAUGGAGGUUGUACCUUGUAAUUUUGGGUACAUAGCUGUGCUGUGGAUGAUAUUUGAAUAUUUAUAAGAUAAAAAUGCACUUGUAACCACACACACACAAUAACAGUUCUUGUAAUGUGAAUUAAAUAUCUGUUGAGGUCCUGUUACUUGUGAUGUUUAGGAACUGUAUUCAACUAAGUUGUUACCUUAAUCAGAGUAGACUCAUUGAAAUUAAUGAACUUAAGUCUGUGCACACAUUAGUGGCUUAAAACACAUCAAGGUUGCUUUCUCUCUGUGUUUUUCAAGUUCAGUUUGCCUGUUGCUGUGCAAAUUAGCAUGGCUUGAUGUGUAUUGAAGCCACGUGCUGUACGCCCACACCAGUAAGUGGAAACUGGGUAGUGAUGUCUUCACCUUAUGAAAUUGCCGAACUGUUUCCCCACACAGUUUCCACCCCUGGAAAUUCAUAAGGAAACCUCAAAUGUACAGACCCAGGUUUCAAUGUGUUCAAGUUGCCUUUAAGGUGGCUUGGGAGAAAGAACACCAAUACACAGUAUUUCGCUAGAAACUACAGGAUAAUUCUGGGCAAAUUUAUGUGUACACGGAUUCAAAAAUGAGUGGUUGUGGCACAAAAGAACCAGAGUAAAAUCAUCAUGUCUGUUAACUUCAGUGGAUUUAGUAAAUAGGAUAAAAUGGGAGAGGCAGGGGCGUUUAUGCUGACUUAAUUUCUUUAGAGGAAAAGGUGGAAUAUAAUUGUGAUAAAUUAUUAGCUUAGAAAAUCAUGCAGCGCUAUUCUUUGGAAUGAAGCAGAGAGCUGUAAUAUCAAAUCCUCAAAUAUACUGCUAACUAGCCAGAUUGUGAUCUUUGCUGCCCCAGAAUGAACCUUCUCAUUUUCUGUCUUAUCUCUCUGCAGCCUUUAGGCCAGGGGGUAACAGGUUAGAAGCAAGUAUGAAAUACUCUAUUAGAAGCCAAAUUAACCAGCUGAAUGGUUAGCAGAAUCUUAAAAGCUUGAGCUUUGCACCUCUCUUAGUUUCUGUCAAGAAAAGCCAGAUUAUGCAUAAAAGACUUCUGGAGCAGGGUCGGCUGUAAUGGGAAUACUGUAGACUGGAAAGAACACCUCUGAGUCAGUCUCUCACCCCAAAAGUAAUGAACCAUAGCACUUGACAGACUUAAAGAGGAGCUUUAUCCAGGUGAUGAUCAACACUGUGCCUGUAAAGAUACAAUUAAAAACCAGGCAGCAUCUAGCACAACAUGUUACUUUUGCUACAACAGCAUAUAAUGAAGUGGUCCACCAAGACCCUCAGCAAUUCUGAAGUGAUCUGUGGGGGAAAGUUUGAGAACCACUGCCAUAAUGUAGUUUUAUUGAUACACUCUGUGAUGCUAAAGCAGGAUGUGAAAGUAGGUUGGGGUCAAGUAUACAGAUCUUUAGCACUGCUUAUAUUAUUGUAGUCAUAGUUAACCCAGCCUUAUAUAUCAGAUGUGUUGUUUAGCUUUUCAUAUGAGAGAGUAGAACUACUACCCCUUUUGUGUUGCCCUUUCGUAGUAACAUGCUUUAAGGAAGUUAACAGCAGUGUUUAAGAAAAAUCCUUUCAGCAAAUCUUGUUGCUGUAUUGUGUGUGUUGGCUCUUCGUUUGAUUACACUAUUACUGUAGGAGGAAUGAUGCCCCACUACACAGACACACUUUAAGCAGGGGAAAAUAGGGAAGUGGAGAUUUGGAAUAGCCAUUCUCCAAAAAUAUAUAGGUACUUCAACUGGCUUAGUGUCUGUCUGUGAUUUAUCCAAACUUUUGCUUCUUUUCAAAGCUUUUGCAGCCCAGUUCCUAAUCAUAUUUACUCAGAAGUAAGUCCCAUUGAUUUCAUUUAUACUUAACUUCCAGGUCAGUAUACUUAAGAUUACAGCUUUAGUCUCAAAGUGGUUCCAUGGAUCUUUGCAGGUGGAGGAAGAGCCAUUUUCUAAUGUGAGCUUCACUGAAGAAAUCAAUUGAUUCUAUUAUCUCUUUAAAAGGAUUGUGGUUUAUUUCCUCUGGGAAUUGUUGAGGACAUCUUUUGUCGGUAUAGGAGAAAGUAAUUGAAUUUUCAAAGGCUGUAUCUUCCUUGGGUUCUCCAACUGAACGUAUUUCACUUUUGUUUCCCCUAUCAUGUCAGAUGGAAAUGGGUGAAAAUAUACAAUACUAUCUGAUGAGUUAAAAUGUUUUCUCAGAGAGGUUGAGAUUUGAAGCUUGUCCCUGAAAUGUAACUAGCUGGAUUCCUAAUGAAACAUAUCCUUAUCAAAGUAAUUUUCUAAAUACAAUAUUUCCCCCCAGAAGUUUCCUUACUUAAAAUAGUUUGUUCAUAUGUCUUUUUGAUAGUGUUUUCACAAACGGAGACAUGUUGAUACCGCCUGUGAAAAUUCUCCUCCCCAAGUUCACGCUGAAAAGUUGGAACGGUGUCCUUGGAUUGAUAAAUGAAAAAGUAUCUUCUCGCUCUGGGGGUAUCCACAGGUAAGCAGUGCUUAUGUGGCUAAUGUCAUGUGUACACAACUUCUGAAGACAGUGGUGGGAGUACACCAGAUGCAGAGUAGAUGGGAUUGUAUACACAGCCUUAGAUUACUUUAAAAGCAGCUGAGUCACAUUCAUAGUGGCUACUGGCUAUUGAAGCAAGACAGCAAGUAUCUAAAUGCCAACUCCUGAGGAGCAACAGCAAGAGAGUUAUAUUGCCCACAUGCCCUACUUGUGGGCUUUCUAUAGUUAUUUGGGUGGCCAGCAUUGGGUCUGCACUGGGCCAGUGUAGUCUUCAUGGGUGUAGCCAAGAUUUGGGGGGGGGGGAAGCCUUUUGUUAGGCAGAGGGUCUUCUCGGUGGUGGCGCCUGCCCUGUGGAAUGCCCUCCCAUCAGAUAUCAAGGAAAUAAACAACUAUCUUGACUUUUAGAAGACAUCUGAAGGCAGCCCUGUUUAGGGAUUUUUUUAAUGUUUAUUCUGUUUUUAAUCAGUUGGGAGCUGAUUAUUGAGGGCAGGACUCUUGUUUGGGACGGGGCAGAACCUCAGUUAUGUAUUUUUAUUUAUUUGUAUUGAUUCAGGAGGAGCAGCUGCCUUUACCUGCCUCCCCCUUGGCUACGCCCUGGUAGUCUUUGAAAAUUGCUUCAGAAAAAUGGAACCGAUUUUCUUGGUUUUUCCAAAGUUAUAAUUAAACAAGCUGCUAGUGGAGCUGAUAAUUAUGCACACUGGAGGGACUGUAUUCUGUUGAUAGGUAUAAUAUACUUACUUUUUCAAUAUUCAUUUCUUACAGACUGUUUACAUUAAAUGGCCAGUCUGUACAUGGGUCUGAUGAGCUAGAACAUAACCAUUUCUACGUUGCAUGCGGCAAAGAAAAAUUUCAGCCUUUGCCGUACUGGCAGCAUCCUAGAGUUCCAGAAGAUAUUCGGCGGUGAGCAGAAUAUUAAUAAUUUAACUUAAUUGAUGUUACAUUGCUGGGAUGUUAAAAACUGACAUUAUACCUCCUGUCACCCCCCAAACCCCGCCCCCCCCUUUGCUGGGUUUAGUAUAAGUAUUUUGCUAAUUUGGAUUUCAGCCCUUUUAGUAGAAGUUAGUGUUGCUAAAUUGUUGCUAAAUUGUUCCAAAUUCUAUUGAAAUCUGUAAACAUUAAGCACCUGAGUCCUGUGAAACCAUCUUAGAAUGUUGCUUUCUUUAUUGUAGGGAGUUUUUAGGGACAGGACGAACUCUUGUUUUCUUAGGCAUUCGAUAGAUUCACUUUCAUAUUCAUGUCACUUGGGAUUUAAGUGCUAAACAUUUUUUGGGGUUUCUUUUAAUGGGAAAGGGCAAACGCUACAGGACAAGUGACUUCAUAAUAGUUGAGAAGCACAGGAAAUAUGAAAUGGUUUGGAAAGGUUUACAUAUAUUAAAAGCAGCAGCUUGAGCCCACAGCAAUCUCAUUGCCUCAAAUGAUUGGUUCAUAGCACUUCUAUUUUGCACCAGUGGUAUUUAUUUAUUUAUUUUAUUUUUAUUAAUUUUCCAUUUCCAUUUCAUAACAUUUAAAUACAUCCUUGUUAUUCACAUAUGUUUUUACUCAUAUGAGCUAAUCGACUUCCCUCCCUCCCGUCUAAUGGUUUCCCUAAUUCCCUAACUGUUGUUAAUUGUUUACAAAUUUCCUUCAAAUAUUGUACAAAUUUACUCCAAUCUUUUUGGAAGGCUUGUUCAUGCUGGUUUUGGAUUUUCCCGGUCAGUUCCGCCAGUUCUGCGUAUUUCACCAUCUUUAUCUGCCCCUCUUCUAUUGUUGGUAAUUCCUGCUGCUUUCAUUUUUGGGCUAAAAGAAUCCUUGUUGCCAUUGUUGCAUACAUAAAUAAUUUCUGAUCUUUUUUGGGGGGAUUUCUUUACCUACUAUACCCAAUAAAAAUGCUUCUGGUUUUUUUUUUAAACAAAUGUACUUUAGUAAAUUUUCUUUAACUCAUUAUAUAUCAUUUCCCAGUAAGUUUUACUUUACUGCAUGUCCACCAGAUAUGAUAGAAAUUUCCAUCCAUUUCUUUACAUUUCCUUAUUUCUAGUCUUAUACAUUUUAGCAAGUUUAGUUGGUGUUAUAUACCAUCUAUACAUCAUUAUCAUAACCUUUUCUUUUAAAGCACUACAGGCAAUAAAUUGAAUUCCUUCGUUCCAUAACUUUCCCCAUGACUCUAACUGAAUAUUAUAACCAAAAUCCUUAGCCCAUUUAUGGAUAUGUUUACAUUUCAUGCUAAACCAUGUCUUAGGACUGCACACUCUGGUUGGGCUUCUGCCCUACCCCUGCCUUUCCUGCACUUCUUGCAUCCACCCGUAAAAAAACACACACACGAAUCCAGCCACUGUAGUCUGUUAAGGAUUUAUGGGAAUUGUAACUGUGAAGAGAAAACUACAAUGCCCAGAAUUCUUUGAGAGAGAAUGUGCUUUGAAUGUGCUUUAAAGGCAUAGUGUGUACACACUCCUAGUAGGAGCACUUUGGCAGCUUUGGGUGCAUUUAAAUUUAGUCAUUGCAUUCAAACCCAGGAUCGUGGUUUUACCACUAAGCUCUGUGGUUUACCACUAACCUCUGUGGUUCUGAAGCUGGCUUGUUCUUACAGAGAACUUACAUUUUACUAUUUAUAUCAGGCUUCCUCAACCUUGGCCUCCAGAUGUUUUGAGACUACAAUUCCUAUCAUCCCUGACCACUGGUCCUGCUAGCUAGGGAUCAUGGGAGUUGUAGGCCAAAAACAUCUGGAGGGCCGAGGCUGAGGAAGCCUGAUUUAUAUCAUAGAGGUGAUAGAUCCUGCAUGAUAGUAAAAUCGAUGAGGAGUAAAUUAUAGAUCUACUUCAGUGCAAAUCUUCAAUGAAUAAAGUGCAUCAUGGUUUGAUUCCUCCCCCUUUUUAUUUUUGCGGGAAGAAGUUUUUAAACUGUUAAAAGUUUUUAAACUGAGCAUAGUUAGUGGAAACCACUAACUACCAUCAAAGUAACAGGGUAGGGGGUGCAAAACAAACCCAGAAAACUAGAGGGAACUUGAUCUUGCAGACAGCGCAGCACAAGAGAUACUACUUUGUGAAAGAAUUGGAGAACGUUGGAUUCAUUUCAGUGGAUUUGUCUACUAGCCAGCAGCUGUUAGGAUCUCUUCUUCUCUGUUUUCUUUUCAGUGCUACCCUCCUUUUUUCCCCUUUGUGGAAGAAUCAAGCAGUGAGUCUGAGCCAUUGCGGCUGCUCCUCCCCCCUUUUCAGAGCUUUUGCUCUGACAGGACACAGAAAGGGAGCAGGAUGUGUUGAAAGCAUAGCACAACUCUUGUGUUCACUGCUCUGGCCUGGCCGCCUCUCUGAGUGAACUUGCUUGAGGAACAUAGGAUUCACAGAACAGUUGGAAAGGGGAUCCCAAGGGUUGUUGAGUCCAACUCGCUGCAGUGCAGUAAUCUCAACUAAAGCAUCCAUAACACAUGACCAUUCAGCCUCUGCUUAUGAAAGUACCACCUAAGUCAGGCAUCCCCAAACUUGGCCCUCUAGAUGUUUUGGGACUACAAUUCCAGUUCCACCACUGGUCCUGUUAGCUAGGGAUGGUGGGAGUUGUAGUCCCAAAAAAGCUGGAGGGCCGAGUGUGGGGAUGCCUGACCUAAGUCAACAGAAAUGUGCAAGAGAUUUGUAGGCUUCUUUCAACCUGGCCAGCAUCCUUUGCAGGCACACUGAAGGCAUGUUCUAGAAGCCUCUAUGCCAUAGUGUCUAUAGUGUUGCGCCCUGCAGAGCCAGAGGGCUCACAGGAGUUUGAUUUUGCAGAAGAACCAAGGAAAAAGUCUAAAACGCCAGAGUGACCACUUCUGGUGCUUUUAUUGAAGAGCACCUGUGGGACGGACUCCACAGCAAGAGAUGGCUUAGUCUAGAGAUGGACUGUCCGCACCCAAGCUAAGAUGCAUACAUUCAUUAUACAAUGGAAUAGCAUUUGUCACACGGGAAAACAGGUGGCAAAUGCCCAAACAUUGCCAAUGUUUCUCCUCUCUGUGCCCAACCUCCCAGGCCCACAGAUAAGGGUACCAUCCAAGCAGGCCAAUUAGUGGAGAUCAAAGCAAGCUGUGUAUGAGCUCCAUGCUACAGCUUUCUACCAAUUAAGGAUGGGGUCAUCUUGAGUACCAACAUGGCGUAAGCGGAGCACCUGGAACAGUCCACCUUUGGUUCAGCACAUGUAGAUGGCACCUGGUGGGAGCUCUUCUUUGCUCUUUUGCCCCUGAGCAACUGUUAUCUAGCCAUGUUGACUUGAAUUACCGUAGUUCAGAUGGCCAAGUAUUUUCCCAUUGUUUUUAUUCCAUCCCACAGUAAUGUUUGUUAUCUCACCACAGUUUACUUUCUGUGUCUGAAGCUGGUUUUGAAGUGAUUAGGCAUCCUUGCAUCAUAUGUCAAUAACUCUCCCACAAUGUUGGGAGAGUUUUCUUGGUCUGUGGUUCAGGUUUCCCCCCCAGCUUUCAUACUGAUCCAAUUAGGCUUGUGUAAAAUAAAACAGAUAUUCUUAGUGUUUGUUCCCCAACCUAAAUGCCUUCAUCUCUUUGCUUAUGAGGUUAUGGUUGAGGGCAGCUCGUUUUCAGGAAACACUUGUCAUAGAGCAUUCUUUAAUGUAUUUCCAUUUGCUCUGAUUUAGCUCAAGAGCUAAAUCCUGAAGGUCCAUUCCUGAAGGUCAGUCAGACCAUCUUGUUAGAAUGCUUUUUUUUUUUUUUUUGCCCCAGUCACUCUCUAUCAGAUUCCUUUAGCUGAGAGACAUCAGGUGACUGACUUCUUGGAGCUCUGCCCACACUUUCAUUAAGCCUUCUUAUCUUGAUAUAGGCCUUGACUUAGAUCCUUCUUUGUAAAAGUUAUUCACAUUCUCUCACUCUCUACUUAAAUACAGUCAUACCUCAGGUUACAGACGCUUCAGGUUGCAUUUUUUCGGGUUACGGAUGCGCCAGAACCCGUAGUACUGGAAUGGGUUACUUCCAGGUUUUGGCGGUUGCGCAUGCACAGAAGCGCUAAAUCGUGCUUUGCGCAUGAGCGCCAAAUCGCAACCCGUGCGUGCACAGAUGCACCGCUGCGGGUUGCGAAUGCUGCGGGUUGUGAACAUGCAUCCCGCACGGAUCACGUUCGCAACCCGAGCGUCCACUGUAAUGGUUAUUCAUUCGUUUUGUACUCAGGGUUAUGCCCAGUGUGUUUUUUUUUUUGUUUUGUUUCUUGUUUUUUUUUUUGUGGGCGCAACUUUUGUGCAUAAGCUCUGGACUUUGUAGAAAGCUACAAAGGGGCCGAGUUGCACAGUUAUGCAGAUUACAGCCAUACUAUUUUCAGCCAUGGUUAUAAAUAGAAAGGCAGUCUGUCCCACCAAUUAAGCUUAUUGCUUCAGCUGAGUGUAAACUCUUCCUAGAAACUGCAGUAGUGAGCGACAGUACAGGAUCCAGGCAGGCAGUAGCCUUGUUUCUGUAAAUAUAAUAAGAGCUGCAUUUUUAUUUUUAUUUUGUUUAAAACUUAUGGCAGAAUUAUUGACAGCAGAUCUGCUUCACCUAGCAAAUGCUUCUGACAUAGAGGUCAACAGCUUUCUCUUUCUCUUAUAAAAUAGAGCAGUAUUCCUUCUUUACAACCACAGGUUUGCUGCAUUAGACAGAAAGUUUGGUCUGUUAUCUAUUCCAAUAUCCUGAGUAAAUUUGUUUUCAUGUUAAAAAAUAUAUAGCAUACAUACUUUAUAGAGAAGCUUUUGAAUAUAUCUUCCUUCAACCUUCCUUUUUCCUGUUUCUCCAACUUCCCUGCCCCAUUUUUUUUAUUAAAAAAAAUGAAUCAUGGAUAUAAAAUCAAUUAUGCCUGAUCAGUAGAUGGUAUGAAAUAUUCUUAAUUUGCACAGUUUAUUCCAACUGCAGAAUUUGGGGUCCUUUCUUGCAGAAUUUACAAAAUUUGAGGCACAGAAUACAUAGGCUGACUGUGUGUAGUCACUCCCUGCUUUUGGCACUGCAUAUGAUAAAUAAAUUGUAAUGCUGUACCUAUCUGCGCAGACAUUUGUCUCACUGGUCUAUCAGUUUGAAGCCAGAAACCAUGGUUGCCUGCCCUAAAUUAUUGCAGCCCUACUUUUGUGUUCAGUUUCAGGAAUAAAGAAAAUGUUAGAAGAUGGUUUUGUUUUUUGUUCUUUUAAUUGCUGCUGCCUAACAAGUGUCUAAACAUUACCUGGCACGGUCUCUAGUAAUCACUCCCUUCAGAAGCAAAAUGUUUGCACCCUUAAAAAAGUAGUAUAUCAAACACCCAUUGAGAAUUCAGUGACAUUUGUAACUUCCAGAAGCCAACUGGAUGUUGGUGCCUCUUAGAGGAAUAAAUGAUGGUGGAAGCAUUUACAUGCCUCCAGAUAUCGAUAAACAGUUUUCUAAGCAGAAAGAACAUGCCUAGGGGAAGUUGUAGGAAGGAAGCUUCUACCCAUAACUACUCAUCACAUUGUUUGUGGACUAUGGAAGUUAAGCACCAAGCACCAAAGGAUUUGAACCAGGAGUGUUAGAGACCAGGCAAUAGUUCCUUAGUUGUUAUCACCAGGAGUGCGUGAGCUGCAGGUGCUUACAGCCUGCAGAGUUUUGAAUUCGCUUGAUUUCCGAGUCUUUAGGGGCAGCCCAUCUUAUUGGUCCACCAUCCUGGCUGUUUUCAGACCAGUGCAAAACAUCAAACCAAGCAAUACGUCCUGGCUUGUCUGUGGGCAAUUGGUUAUUGCCUGAGAUAGACCUGCAGUUAUCAUGUAGACGAGGGAUGGCUAACCUGUGAUUCUUCGGAUGCUGUUGAUCUACAGCUCCCAUCAUCCCUGACCAUUGGUCAUUCUGGCCAGGGCUGAUGUGAGUCAGAAUCCAUAUAGGCAAUACUUAAGUUUGUACUACCUUUAAAGAUAAUUUUAAAACAAGAUGGUUGUCCUAACAAUAUUGAGCUUUACACUUAUAAAUAUUCACAUUAAGUAAAUUACACUUUAUAUUUUUAGGUAUUAUUCUAACACACCUGGACCUCUAGAAAGGCCCCCUCCGAAAAAGGUAAGAUUAUUUAUAAUGGCUUUUAAACAUUCUUAUAUGCUCUCCUCUCCUCCCAUUUAAAAACGCGGCAUCAAAAGCUGCUCACUGUUGAACAAACAAGUUUCGGAUGAAUUCAAGUUGGGCACAUCCAAAUGGAUUUCAAUCUCUGGCCCAACUUCAAGGAUUUGCAAGCCUCUGCAGUCUACAUGGAGCUCUGCAUGGACAAUGUGUGUGAAUUACUAUACAGUGGUACCUUUGGUUACGAACUUAAUUCAUUCCGGAGGUCCGUUCUUAACCUGAAACUGUUCUUAACCCGAGGUACCAUUUUAGCUAAUGGGGCCUUCCGCUGCCGCCACGCCGCCUGUGUGUGAUUUCUGUUCUCAUCCUGAGGUAAAGUUCUUGACCCGAGGUACUACUUCAGGGUUAGCGGAGUCUGUAACCCAAAGUGUUUGUAACCUGAGGUGUUUGUAACCCGAGGUACCACUGUAGUUGGGAUCCAGUGAACUGCAUGGCUCAGUCUGUGCUGUGAAGGAGAUAUUUCCUCCCUCGCCACAGUGCCAGCUGCGUUCAUUACUCAGGUAGCUUUGAACAGCAGAUUGUGAUAUGCCAGAGAUCUCAUCUUCAAAGGGGUGUGUGUGUGUACGUGGAAUCAAAAAUCCUAGGGCAUGCUUAAACUGUUAAGUGUGGUUAAAGUACCAUACUUUUCCGUGUAUAAGACGAUGCUUUUUUACUCUUAAAAUAAUGUUCAAAAUCUGGGCUCAUCUUAUACAUGGAUAGCAUUUUCUUAAAUCAGAGUCCCCCAAAAUAGGGGACGUCUUAUACAUGGGGGCGUCUUACAGACAGAAAAAUAUGGUAGCUCUUUGAAUCCUAUCCAUUGUCAUUAGCAAGAAAGGCAAUGACCAUUCAUGCUUCUCCAAUAUGUGUGCAACCGUUCAAGUGCGCAUCACCGCAACCUGGAAGUGGCCAGAAAAGGGGGUGGGACGGGGGCAGAGCAGGCUUAUGCAUACUCCACUGGUAUGUGUGUGUGGGGGUGUCUGUCCCCCCACCUUGUUGUUUCAUUUUCCUUGUAUUGUGUGAUUUGCAGUACAUUUAUCACAGUCUGUUUCCCUGCAAAAUUUCUUUGCGCUACAAUAAUACUUUAUUUCAAAAUUGUCUCCUUUUAAUAGCAAAUGCGCAAAUAAGAAGGAAAAAAUCUCUUUAAAAUACCUUCAAUUGUGUUCGAACGCUGUAGUCUUGUUCUUUAUAUUAUUAUAGGCUUUGGGCCAUUUUUUUUUUCAUGUGGGUGAAUCUUAUAGUUAUCAGAACUACCUGAAUUUGGAAUUAUCUGUAAUAAGAAGAAGUAAAACAUGAAGAAGAAAUGUUUUUAAUGUGAGACGGCAAACAGUAAAAAGAAGCAACUUUUAUUAAAGAAUGUGAGUUGCCUAAAGCCACCAAGUUUUGGGUUGAACUGAGUUUGCGUGAGGUAUUUUUUCUCUGUCCUAAUCAUGCCCAGCCGCUAUACAAGGGGGUCACCAACUUUUUGAACCAGUGAGCACAUUCUGAGUUUUGAGAGACUGCUGUGGGCUCCAGUCACAAAAUGGCGGCGGGGGGGGGAAUAAUUCAAUAUGGCUGCUGUUGGGAGGUGUCUCACACAAAAUUAGAGAGGGGACGGUCAUGGUAAAUCUUUCCCCUAAUGAUCUGUGGAGGACUUCUGGGGUGGCGCCAUCGGUAAUAGCGGAUUCCCUCUGACUCGGAGGGAACCGGCUCUGCGGAAAUCGGGUCUGCACCGCUACGGCGAAGCGGGGACCCUUCAAAAAUCACAGGCGGGUGAAGCCUGUGACCGUGGGACUCGGCGGGCACCUUUUGCGCCCCCCCAACUUGCAAAGGAGCCCGAUUACGGGUUCCGGAGCGGAGCGGGAAGUGGCGCGGUGCUGUGAGUCAACUGCUUCUUCCGUGGAGCGAAGCCGCACAGCCGUUACCGGAGAGUGCUGCCUUUUUCCUGGGACAAUUUGGCUGCAAAACAACGAUCCGUGAGUAGGCUAAUUUCGGAAACAAAGGAACUAAGAAAUAAUUUGGCACUGAAGCGGAGAGGCAUAAACAGGAAGUCUGCCUUCCGUUCUUUGUAAAUGGAGUAAAGCAAUGAACUUGUAAGCGGAAACCUUGAAAGACGUUGGAAAAGGAUUAUAAUUCGAACAUCAAAUAAGCGACUUUCCCCCCUUGAUUGCAGGGGAGGAGGGGGGAAAGGUCUGAACUGUAUUUCCCCGCAAAAAGAGAGAAAAAGAAGCUAAAAUCCACCGCUCAAAAACCUGGGAACGGGUUGCCAGUGAACAGUAAGAAUGCCGUAUUGUGAAAUGCGCUGCUGCUGAAAGUACUCUUUGACAGUUAACUCUGCAUCUGAGAUACAAGUAAGAUACAAUAUUUCUGACUGGCUUCUCCUGGUUUUAAAGUAACAGAAAUCAAUUGAGAUUGAAACUGUCGUCCUUUCUGUGAAUUGGGGGGCUAAAGGGAAAAAAAAAGUUAAUCACUUUAAGACAUUUUUGACUGCUACUGUGUCCCCCUAGAGGAAGUUUGAAAUUGUUACAAUAGCAGCUGGGCCAGGGGAAUUUUCCACUUCAAAACAAAUUCUGAUCGUGAGACUGACCUUGGACCUUAUCUAGAGUGUUAUGGCAGAUGGAAAGGAGAAAAUAGAUUUGCUACAGGAAAAAGCAACGAGGUCUGGCAGACUAUUUCGUACAGACGGUGGGCUGCAGCGAAGAGCAUCGACAUCUGGCCCUUCUGGAUUACCAACAGGAGCCUCAUCGGCACAACCUAAACCCAAAGGAAUGGCAGCUGAAGAUGCUUUGGCUCAGGCACUUGGUAAAAUUAACGAAUCUUUGGAAAAAAUAAGUAAACAAGUAGCCGAAGCAUCGGGCAAAAUUGACCAAAAUACCACAAGUAUUAAUAAUUUGGGACAGAAGGUAAAUACCAACACAGAAACUAUUCAGAAAUUACUACAGGAAUCUACCUCGACACGAAAGAUAGCUGAAGAGGCAAAGGAUAUAGCAACUGCUGUAGAAGAGAAGAUACCACCGAUACACAAACAACUUGAAGAUCACUGGUCAAUAUUGUCUAUGAUUGAGUUGAAGGAGAAGCAAACCAAUUUAAGAAUCAGGGCUGUACCUGAACUUGAGAAAGACAACUUGAUUGAUUUUCUUACGCAGGAAUUUGCAGACUUUUGGAACCCAGAUUUGGAGAAGGACAACUUCAAGAUAGUGAGUGCUUUUAGGCUUGGAAGAGGAGGGAAGAAGAACAGGGUGAGAGACUGUUUGAUCACCCUCCAAACAAAAGAGGAGAGAGACAAAAUCUUGAGUCUGCAUUUCCAGAAGACUUUGGAAAUUCAUCAGUCAAAAGUAGAGAUAUUUAAGGACAUUCCGAAAUAUCUUUUGGACCUUAGGUCCAACUAUAGAGAUUUGGUCGCCCUGUUGAGAAGCAACGGAAUCAUUUUUAGGUGGGAAUUCCCCCAAGGCCUAUCCUUUAGUUAUAAAGGGAAGAAGAUAAAAAUAAGAUCAGAGGACGACAAAGAUAGAUUUUGGAGAGACCACGGAGAAGACUUGCAGAAGGAAGCUGCAGAAGAGUUAAGAGCACUAGUAAGUGAAACUUUAGACAUACCAAGAUUACCUCCUGAACUAAAAGACCGCCUGGAGAAGGUGAUACCACCGACAGAUCAGGAACAGGCACUGGGUGCAGUUGGAGGAGAAGCAAAGUAACUACAUCAUGGCUCUGCAACUAUUAAGCUGGAAUUGUAAUGGUUUGAACUCCCCUCAGAAAAGGAAAUCUGUGUUUCAUUUAUUAAAAAAGGAACAAUUGGACUUGAUUUGUUUACAGGAAACACAUGUAACAAGGCUACACAGGAAAGUACUGAUUAAUAAAAGACUGGGUCAGGAGUUUAUUUCUUCGGACAAGGUUAAAAAAAGAGGGGUAGUGAUUUAUGCAAAGGAGAGACUAUUACUGAAAUUUAUCUUUAAAGAUGACCAAGGAAGAUUCGUGGCAAUUGAAAUUCAAACACAAGGAGAGAAAUUUUUGAUAGUAGGAGUUUAUGCACCAAAUGAGGGGAAAUCUGAAUUUUUUUAAAAGUUGCAUGAGACCUUGAUGGACUAUUUGGACUAUAAUGUGAUUUUGAUGGGAGACAUGAAUGGAGUGGUAUCUACACAUAUGGAUAAGGCACAAAGACAGGUAGUCACUAAGGAUGGCAGAUUACCGAAAACUUUUUUUGAGAUGACAGACAACUUGGACUUAGUUGAUAUUUGGAGAACAAAGAAUCCCUUGACCAGAGAGGGAACCUUCUUCUCUGAAGCCAAACUGACAUGGACAAGAAUUGACCAAAUAUGGGUAACUAGAGGAAUGGCACCAAAGAUAAGAAAAGUGGAAAUCUGCCCAAAAACCUGCUCCGACCAUAAUGCUGUAAAGAUGGAGAUGAAGCUAACACCAACUGGUUCCUUCAGAUGGAGGAUGAAUGACACCUUAUUUAGAGAUGAAGAAGUGUAUAAAAAGGCCCAAAAAACCUUGAGAGACUAUUUUGAGAUAAAUAUGAACACCAAUGUGGAAAAAAGAGUAAUCUGGGACUCUAGCAAAGCUGUUAUGAGAGGGUUCUUGAUACAACAGAACGCAUUAAAGAAGAGAAUUCAAAAUGAGAAGAAGGAUAAAAUUUUGGAGAAAAUAAAAGAAGGUGAAAAGAAAUUGAGAGCAAAACCGAAGUCGCAAGAGAUUUUGAGAGAAAUAAAAUUAUAUCAAGUACAAUAUAUGAAAAUGAUCAAUCAGGAGAUAGAAUGGAAAAUUAAACAAAUGAGACAAAAAACAUUUGAGUCGGCUAAUAAGUGUGGGAAAUUGUUGGCUUGGCAAAUGAAAAAAAGACAAAAAUUAAAUACAGUUACAAAUUUAGAAGUGGAAGGAAGGAAUAUACAGAACCCAGCCGAGAUUAGAAAUUGUUUCCAGAGGUACUUCAAACAACUAUAUACACAAGGACCACAGAAAGAAAUUGAUCUAGAUCGAUUUUUGAAAACAAAUGGAUUACAAAAAAUCUCUCAGGAAAGUAAAUCAAUGUUGAUCUAUAAAAUAACUGAACAGGAGAUAGAAGGUGCCAUUCAGAAUAUGCAACUAGUUAAAUCUCCAGGACCGGAUGGACUGACCUCUAAAUAUUACAGAUCCUUAAAAGAAUGGUUGGUACAACCUUUGAAGGAAGUCUGUAACGAAAUAAUGGAUGGGAAAAGGGCACCAGAGUCGUGGAAAGAAGCGUAUAUUACACUUGUACCGAAAACAGAGACUGAAAAGACACAACUUAAGAACUACCAUCCCAUCUCAUUGCUUAAUGUGGAUUAUAAAAUUUUUGCAGACAUUCUGGCUAAAAGACUAAAAAAAGUGUUAGUGGAAGAGAUUCAUAAAGACCAAGCAGGCUUUCUCCCGGGUAGACACUUAUCGGAUAAUGUGAGAAACAUAAUUAACAUCUUAGAAAAAUUACAAGUGAACAUAAAUACUAAAGCAGUUUUGAUAUUUGUGGACGCGGAGAAAGCUUUUGACAAUAUUUCCUGGAGCUUUAUGAAGAAGAACCUACAGGGGAUGGGGGUAGGCCAAGGCUUUGAAAACGGUAUAAGUGCAAUUUAUUCAGAACAAAAGGCUAAACUAAUUGUAAAUAAUGUGGUGACGGAAGAAUUUAAGAUAGAAAAAGGGACACGACAAAGUUGCCCAAUCUCCCCAUUGCUUUUUAUAUCGGUCCUGGAGGUUUUGCUGAAUAUGAUUAGAAGGGACCAGUUGGUUAAAGGUAUACAAGUCGGAGCUAAACAGUACAAAUUGAGAGCAUUUGCAGAUGACUUAGUAUUGACGUUACAGGAGCCAGAAUCUAGUACCAAAAGGGUUUUAGAACUGAUUCAAGAAUUUGGUCAGGUUGCAGGAUUCAAACUGAAUAAGUUAAAAACCAAGGUUUUAGAGAAAAAUUUAACACCGAUUGAGAGAGAGAGGUUUCAGAAUGAGACAGGCUUAACAGUGGUUAAGAAAGUGAAAUACCUGGGGAUUAACAUGACAGCAAAAAAAUGGGAAUUUAUUUAAAGACAACUAUGAAAAAUGCUGGGCCGAAGUGAAAAAAGAUUUAGAAAUUUGGUCAAAUUUGAAGCUUUCAAAUUGCUGCGAUAAAAAUGAAUGUAUUGCCUAGAAUGUUGUUUUUGUUUCAAACAUUGCAAAUUGUGAGAUGACUUAGUAUUAACGUUACAGGAGCCAGAGUCUAGCACUAAAAGAGUUUUAGAAUUAAUUCAAGAAUUUGGUCAAGUGGCAGGUUUUAAAUUGAACAAGCUAAAAACUAAGGUUUUAGAGAAAAAUUUAACACCGAUUGAAAGAGAUAGGUUUCAGAAUGAGACAGGAUUGACUGUGGUAAAGAAAGUGAAAUACUUGGGGAUUAAUAUGACAGCCAAAAAUGGGAACUUAUUUAAAGAUAAUUAUGAAAAAUGUUGGAUGGAAGUGAAAAGAGAUUUAGAAAUCUGGUCAAAUUUGAAGCUUUCAUUGCUGGGCCGUAUUGCUGUGAUAAAAAUGAACGUAUUGCCUAGAAUGUUGUUUUUGUUUCAGACAUUGCAAAUUGUGGACAAGAUGGACUGUUUCAAGAAGUGGCAGAGAGAUAUUUCUAGAUUUGUCUGGCAGGGCAAGAAGCCCAGAAUAAAAUUUAAGAUAUUAACUGAUGCAAAGGAAAGAGGUGGAUUUGCCCUGCCAGACUUUAAACUUUAUUAUGAAUCAGCAGCCUUUUGCUGGUUGAAAGAAUGGCUGCUUCUUGAAAAUGCAGACAUUUUGGAUUUAGAAGGUUUUAACAAUGUAUUUGGAUGGCAUGCAUAUUUAUGGUAUGAUAAGGUCAAAGCACAUAAAGCAUUUAAAAACCAUAUUGUCAGGAAAGCAUUGUUUAAUGUUUGGAUAAGCUAUAAGGAUCUACUUGAAAAUAAAACCCCAAGGUGGCUGUCACCGAUGGAAGCGAAGGCUCUGAAAAAGCUCAAUAUGGAGGCCAAAUGGCCGAAAUAUUGGGAAAUUUUGGAACAAGAUGGAGAUAGAUUGAAACUACAGAGUUUUGAGAAAUUAAAAAACAAAGUGCAAGACUGGCUUCAUUAUUAUCAGAUAAUGGAGGCAUAUUAUUUGGAUAAGAAAAUUGGCUUCCAGGUGGAAAAAUCAAAAUUAGAAACAGAACUGUUAGAACCCAAAACUAUGAUUUUGUCAUAAAGGUAUAACUUGCUGAUGAAAUGGAAUACUCAGGAUGAAACGGUGAAAUCUGCUAUGAUUAAAUGGGCCCAAGAUGUUGGACAUAACAUAAUGAUGGCUGACUGGGAACAGUUAUGGACCACAGGUAUGAAGUUUACGGCAUGCAAUGCCUUAAGAGAGAAUAUUAUGAAAAUGAUAUACAGGUGGUACAUGACCCCAGUCAAGCUUGCAAAAAUCUAUCAUUUGCCCGAUAAUAAAUGUUGGAAAUGUAAAGAAACUGAAGGUACAUUCUUUCACCUUUGGUGGACGUGCCCAAGGAUUAAGGCUUUCUGGGAGAUGAUCUAUAAUGAAAUGAAAAAGGUAUUUAAAUAUACCUUUCUGAAGAAACCAGAGGCCUUUCUCCUGGGCAUAGUCGGCCAAUUGGUGUUAAAGAAGGAUAGAACUUUCUUUAUGUAUGCCACAACAGCAGCAAGAAUACUUAUUGCAAAGUAUUGGAAGACACAAGAACUACCCACUCUGGAAGAAUGGCAGAUGAAGGUGAUGGACUACAUGGAAUUGGCGGAAAUGACUGGCAGAAUCCGAGACCAGGGAGAAGAGUUGGUGGAAGAAGAUUGGAAGAAAUUUAAAGACUAUCUACAGAAAUAUUGCAAAAUUAAUGAAUGUUAGAAUGAUGUUAGAAUGAAGUUAGGUGGUUUAAGCAGUAAUGCUAUAAAGGUGUAUGUAAAAAUGGAUUGAUAACAGGUGAAAAUUUAAAGUUAUAGUAUAUUAAGUUAAAGGAUUAAGAGAAAAUAAAGAGGGAAAGAAAUUGCUGAAUUAACUAAUUGAAUUGGAAUACAAAAAAGGGAGGUAUGAGGAGGUCAGGGAAACAAGGAUAUGAAUGUAAGGCAUGGAAAGAUUGAUCUAUUUUUUUAAAGUGUUUUUUAUUCUUUUAUUCUGUAUUUUGUAUUUUGUAUUUUUCUUGUAUUUUUAUUUCUGUCUUUUGUUUUUGCUUUUCUUGUUUUUAUGUAACUCUUUUCUGAAAUUUUAAUAAAUAUCAUUAAAAAAAAAAAAGCUUUCCCCUAAUUGCAUUUCUAUACCAGGAGAGGCUUAACCUGUUGAAUUUCUGCCUGCCUGUACAGCUGUUAAAGGCAAAUCCGCUUUUCUCCAAUGCCAACUCUGAACCAAAGUCCAGACUGCCACUUAAAUGGGAGGAAUCCCCGUAAAACGUGAACUUACUUCUGAGUAGACCUGGAUACCAUUGGACUGUAACUUAACUGUACAGUGAAUACUUAACGAGUGCUUGGUCUUUAGCUGCCUAAAGCUCUCUGCAAAGUGAAUCACAUUUGCCUUUUGUGGAGAUUCGUAUUGUCUGGUGUUCAAAAGCCUCACUUUUAAAGUGCCUUCAGAGUGAUGAGGGUAUUUGGUUCUAGUGAUGUCAUAAAGGCACUAGCCAGCAGUCAGCCCUUAGCAGUCAAUCAUACACCUGUAGUCUUCCAUUUGGGAUAUGUUUUCACAGCCACCAAAGCAAAAACACCCACCUCAUUCUGAAAAUGCUAUGACUGAACAGUCGGUAGUUGCAAUCCUGUAUCCACAUACCUUGGAGCAAGCCCUGCUAAACUCAGUGGGGCUUAUUUUUGACUUGAUAUAUAGGUUUGCUUGCUUUGUUGGGUCAGACUUGCAUGUGAAACCUUAUUUGUCCUAUAAAAGACAUCCUUAUCAAUAUUGCUUUUUAUUGACUGAAAGGAAGGCUAGUUGUAGGUCUUCUCACCCAAUAUUUGCUUGUUUUCACAUUUUGUUUUAACCUUUGUAUACUGCUUUUCACCAAAAAGCAACAUUUGCGUGGACAGGCGGAGUCCCCAGGUACCGAGCGGCCCCCCCCCGUCAUGUGGAAUAAUGACUCAAGACAACGUGCUAUGGAAUUAAAUUGGCCACAACUUUAUUAAAUUUCAAAUGUGGGUAGACCUUGGCUCAGGCAUUGGGCGUUCUCCCUCCCCAGUCCCCAGCGGGGGACCUAGGGAGCAUCAGGGUUAUCUAGUGUUUGUGUGGGGGAUGGGCCGGCUCUGGAGAACAUAUGUUCAAGCCCCCGUUAUGCCGCCGCCGCAGGGGAGAGCAAUGACGACCUUUCGGCGUACGGUCAAAGCCUCCCUUCAGAAACCCCUUUAACGGGGAACCCUGGUAUCGCCGCUGCAAGAGGAAGAUAGACUAAAGGAUUCCGCCCAAGGCCUGAUACCGCCAAAGUUGUGACGUUUUGCUACAGGAAAGGCGAAACCUGCCAAUGCAGGGAAAUUCCUUUCCAGCCCUUUGACAGCGACCUUAACGUAGCAGCGCCCGCAUACCUGUAAGAAAAGUUAACUUGCAAAACCUGUGAAGAAAAGUUAACCUGCAAAAUAAGGCAUUAACUGAGGGUGGGUAGGGUGGGAGAAGCUCUGGAGCCAAGUGAGGAUUCCCAGGUAAGAUCCUCCCUCUAUUGUGUGGGCAGGUAAUCCCUCCCACACCUGGCCUGAUCUCCUUGGCAACGCUUCCCCCAGGUGGGAUUGGACAACUGACUGGGGUAGGCGGAGACCUCCAGGUAUCCCACCUGAGGGAAGGCAAAGCCAAGCCUAUGCUGAAUGGAGCCGCUCCAGAUCCAGGGGCUGCGCGCGUCCACGCAAAAGUCGCCCCCCGUUUUAUGCGGGGAGCGGUCAUUAACUAAAAUAGUAACAUAAUGUAGUAAUAUAACACUUUGUCAUUUUCUUGGAAAGGAAGUAAAGAGUUACAACUUGUUUGCUUGUUUGUAUGUUCAGAUAUAUAGCCCUCUUAUCAUAUGGGCUUAAGAUGGAUAGUAACGUAUUAGGUUUUAAAAGUUAUAUAAUUAAAUUCAGAGCAGCAGUGGGGAACUUCUGGCCUGCAGGCCUAAUCCAGCCAGCCACAUCUUUCAAGCUGCUCUGCCAGGCCUGUCCCAGAGCCUCACCCACCUAUUAAUCACCCCAUGUGAUUUUAUGGCUUUUGGGGGGGGGGGUUCGUUUUAUGGCUUUUACCAUUAGUCAUCUUGCCAUGACUAAUGGAUCAUUUGGUGCAUCUACCAUGUUUUAAUCAUUAGAUUGAAAACAAGCCCUUAAAGAGCUGGCAAAGUAAUAAUGUUAUCUCUGAUCUUAGCACUAAGCACCACAGCACAGCACUAAGAUAAGAGAGAUAAGCGCUAGAAUGAGAGUGGUGGGAACAUAGUGCUAAGAUCUGGAGAGAAAAUUCCUCUGGCAGAGAGAUCUUUGUAGCCACCUGCAGACAUGUGCUAUAGUGGAGAAAGAGCUGGAAAUGUGCUCUGUGCGUGUGUGUGCAUUUUUCUUUUUUUUAAGGAUUCAUUUUGUUUCGCCCUGCUCACCACUGGAAUGUGGCCCGCAUUGUCACAGAUCGUGAAAAUGAUAGAGAUCUUCAUCAGGUUUUGCAAUGGAUAAAGCAGGCUGUAGCUCAUGUUGCAGAAUAUGUCGGUCGUAGUUCAUGCCACAAUAAAUGUGUUAAGGUUGUAUGUGUGUGUGUUUAAUGCAAAAGAUCUCUUACAAGUAAAUUUAUCUUCUGUCUUGAAGUUGAGUCAUGAGAAGAAUUUCCAAACUAUGUAAUAAAGAUGGUGGUGAUUUAUAUUGUGUAUCAGGGGGCCCUUUAAUUUUCUCUCUCCGCAUGGUGUGAUGUAUUAUGUGCCACAGCACUGAUACUACUGUACCCUCCCUCAUGCCAGUGCAGGUAGCCAAGCCUAGGCAAAUCCCAGGCAUAUGUAAGAGACAGAUAUCAUUCAGCUCACAGGCAGUGAAUCUGUUAUAGACUCACUCUGUGGCUCCUGGCUUUGGAUUGUAAUGUGUUGGUAGUUGCAUAAAGUGGUAUUGGGCUCUCAUGCAUUCUUUGAAUUGUAUGCCUGUGAGGUUGAGAAGAGGGUAACAUAAAUGCAGCACGUUCUCUUUGCGAAUCGAAAUCUAAUUUGUUUACCUGCUUAUUUCAGUUUUGUAAUAGGUAUUAGAGCCAUGAAGCUAGUAGAAGAGUAAUAAAACAGUAGUUAAAAAAAGGCUUUAGGAAACAGCAACAGGGAAUAAUUUGUUUACAUGUCUUCUGAUGCUGCAAAAUGUCCCUGUUAAUAUUAAAACCUGUAAUAAAAAUGCAAAUAGUGGUGUUUGCAUAUAUUUUAACACUUUUGAUGAUUUAUUGAAUUCAUGCAUUUUUACAUUAAAUACUAGACCUAAUUUGAACACUUGCCUGCCUGCCUGCCUCUCUCAGUAUAAGUAUAUAUGUGUUUGUACACAAACGUACCGGUAUAUACAUACAUACAUACAUACAUACAUAACAUAAGUACUAAAGAGAAACUGUAGAAGGUGAAAAAAAUAACAUUAAGGGAAGCUUCCGUUUCAGUUAGUUGGGGAAGAGAGCUAUAUCAUAGGAACUUAACCAAUAAAACCCAGCAGUUUAAUGCUUUAUGCCAGAUACGUAAAGUCCAGAGAAGAAUGUUUGCUUCAGAGCUGACAUUUCAGAUUAGUAAUUCCAGGGACAGGGCUGUAUCUCACAAUAAAUGUGAAACAUUCCCUGUCAUCAGUCAAGAUCACGAAGAGGCUGCGCUAGAGUUCAAAUGUUAGCCAGUCUUCCAUUUUAAUAAAUGCUCAGAUUAAAUGUGCACUGUAUGAUGAAGUAUGUAGGCUCCCACUCAAAUGAUGAGAUUCACUUGGGAAAACAGCCAAAUGUCUUCUGGUUCGCCUUCCACUUUGUUAUGGCGAGAGAGAGAUUGAUUUUCAGAAUAGGCUGACACUUUCCUUCAUGUAGGCUUGCUGAAUACCCCAGUCACUUGGCCCUUGAAAAGCUACUUUUCUUUGCUGUCUUGUACAACUUUGGUAUCUCAUACAAGCUUUGUGUACUUUUUGAUGUUUUGAAUUGUUUAUGGCUACUUUUGUUAUGCUUGUCAUUAUGCAUUUGUUAAAUGUGUUGUAAGCCAUCUUGAGCAUGGUCUUAACUUUGGAUAGGCAGCAUACAAAUAAAAUGGUUGAUUGACUGAUUGAUAAUUUUAAAAUGUAUUGAGAUUAUUGCAGUACAGUGGUACCUUGGGUUAAGAACUUAAUUUGUUCUGGAGGUCCGUUCUUAACCUGAAGCACCACUUUAGCUAACGGGGCCUCCUGCUGCCGCUGCACUGCCGCUGCAUGAUUUCUGUUCUCAUCCUGAAGCAAAGUUCUUAACCCAAGGUACUAUUUCUGGGUUUGUGGAGUCUGUAACCUGAAGCAUCUGUAACCCAAGGUACCACUGUAGGUUUGUAUAACAACUGUGCUUUGUUUGAAGCAGUGUUAGAAACUGAGAUAUGAAAGCUAGGAGCUAAAUGGCACCUUAAACCUAGGUUAUGGGCAAAAUUCCUUGUCGCAAAAUGUGCCUAGAACAAUGGGAGUUUCAAACACUGAAGUACAAUGUCUCCGUCAGCUGCAAAGCUAUGAAUUGUCACAUAGCAGCUUCUGGAUCAGUCCAUUGUUCCAUAAAAUGUUAGUUUAUAGGAGAAAGAAAAACUGUACCAGGCAACUCACUAAAGACUUGUGCUCAGUAGGUUCCAGGAUCUAUGCCAGCCAUGAUCCCUAACUAACAGGACCAGUGGUCAGGGAUGAUGGGAAUUGUAGUCCAAAACAGUUGGAGGACCGAAGGUUGCCUAUGCAAUGUUGCUGAAAGCCGCGUACCUAUUGAAACAAGCCCCCGACCCAAAAGGAAAAGAGAGUGUUGGGGAAAGGGCAUUUGCCUUCCGGAAUAGCUCAUAUAACCAGAGGCAGCUUGAGAUAUUUUGCUGCCCAUGAAUACUGAACUGUAUUAGUUUCUGAAUCUUUUAACAAUGUUGGUAGAGUAGUCGUUUGCUGCAGAUCUAAAGGAAUAGAUGUUCUUUGGAUGUUUAUUGAGUGUGUUACCUUUAGCCUCCUACAGAACGAGCAAAACGGGGAGCCGGCAUGCAGCCUGCCAUACCACCAUCAAAACGAGGAGCAGGAGAUAGGUCUUCAGUUUAUUACGCAGAACCCAAGAAGGCAAGUCGUGAUGCUGAGGCUAAUAAGCACCUGACAUCUGAUGAUGGUAACACAAAAUAUUGUAUCUGGUACCUAAGACCCCAUAGUUAAAUGCAGGCAGAUUUGGUAUUGAUGUCCUGGUUUACAUAUUAUGCUUAUCUUUCUCCGAUUGUAAAAUGUACCGUAUUUUUCGCCCUAUAGGACGCACUUUUUCCCCUCCAAAAAUGAAGGGGAAAUGUGUGUGCGUCCUAUGGGGCGAAUGCAGGCUUUCGCUGAAGCCUGGAGAGCGAGAGGCGUCGGUGCGCACCGACCCCUCUCGCUCUCCAGGCUUCAGGAACCUAUCCGCAAGCCUUGCGAGCCCGGUGGGAGUUCCCGCAGGAGUUCCCGCGGGCUCUCAAGGCUUGCAGGCAGCAGCCUGCAGCCCGAAGCACGGGGUGCCCUCCGGAGGACGCCCCGUGCUUCGGGCAGGUGUCUGCAAGCCUUGCGCGCCCGGCGGGAGUUCCCACAGGCUCGCGGGCAGCAGCCUGUUCUGUGGGCUGGGGGGGGGAAUAAUUUUUAUUAUUAUUCAUUUUCCCCUCAAAAAACGAGGUGCGUCCUAUGGGCCAGUGCGCCCUAUAGGGCGAAAAAUACGGUACAUAGUCGCUUCAGCCAAAAUACUUGUAUUCAGUGUAACUUGUGCACCAGAGAAACUAAGAGAAACUAAGCCUUAAAAAAAGAAGAAGCUUAUUAAGAAGCAAUUGCAUACCAAUGCAUAUUUGCAGACAUUACAGGUCUUUUUCAAUGUUCUCAGUGAAAAAGUUUUUUAAUUUACAAUUACAGCAUAAUUUCCAUAUUCUUUUACUAGAUAAAAGCUCAGUAUGUAGUAACUGUUAAUGUCUCUCUUAUUUAUAACACGACUCUUGCAACUUCGCAUCAUAUCAUCUUCUGCCUCCUUUUUAUUAUUACUUAAUACAGAAGUAAAACAUUUCAAAAUGAUGAAAUUUAUCAGACUGCUGUUAUUCGAAAAUAUUUAUUGUAUACAAACAUUGCCCUUAAAGAAGUAAUUGCUUUUUAGCUACGCCUAAAUAUUGUUAUAAUUUAUUUAUGCUGGUAGUUUUCACAGUGUGGGGUAGAUAGUGAUUAAUACAGAUAUAUUUUAAUCCUGUUUAUUUUCAGGACGUGGGGUCUAUAAAGCUCGUACACCCCCAGAAGAAAUUAAAGAGGCUCAGCAAAUACAAGAAGAUAAAAAUUUGCAAGUGGAAGUACCUGUUGACCAGGUAGAUUUAAAGUACAUUUCUUCCUUCUGAAUGAAUUGAUUAUAACACCUCUUUCUCUCUUCCAUCUGCCUGCGCAUAGAAACAAAUAUUGGGCAUGAUUGAUUGGCCGCAAUCCAGCAUAUUUCAGUGCAUUUAAAUCCCAUUGACUAGGAUGGAUGCAGACUGCCCUGUGUAAGGGCAGAAAGCAGUUCUGCAUACACAAAAGGAUGGUGACUGCAAUUUUACCUUCUGGCUGCUUCCCCAUCUACUAUGUUGAAUUCAUCUCUCAAGGGUCCUCCAGCAUCUAGUGUUGGGUUUUGGGUAGAGCAAGGGGCUUCAAUGGGAAGGAUGAAGAAUAGAAUAGGCCUGGUGAUAUGCAGAAGUGCCCUUUAAAGGUAAAGGGACCCCUGACCACUAGGUCCAGUCGUGGCCAACUCUGGGGUUGCGGCGCUCAUCUCGCUUUAUUGGCCGAGGGAGCCGGCGUACAGCUUCUGGGUCAUGUGGCCAGCAUGACUAAGCCACUUCUGGCGAACCAGAGCAGUGCACGGAAACGUCGUUUACCUUCCCGCUGGAGCGAUACCUAUUUAUCUACUUGCACUUUGACGUGCUUUCAAACUGCUAGGUUGGCAGGAGCAGGGACCGAGCAACGGGAGCUCACCCCGUCACGGGGAUUCGAACCGCCAGCCUUCUGAUCGGCAAGUCCUAGGCUCUGUGGUUUAACCCACAGCGCCACCUGCGUCCCCUUUAGAAGUGCCCUUUAGAUUUCAGCUAUUAGAUUUCAGCUGUUAAUUUCAAUGGAAAUCUUACGUAUAUACUUAAAGCUUAUUGCAAUUGGUAAGACAGAAUUGCUCAAAUCUGGCUAGAUUGUAGUUCUGGAUAUUUGAAUGUGUGUUUUUGUUUUCUGCCAAAAGUAGACCACUAUUUCCUGUUCUGUUAAACCAUUUGUUUUCAGUCUUUCCAGAUUCUGGAAGCACCUUUAGCCCCAACCUGAAAUGUCAGGCGAAGUUUUAAUUUUAAAAUAAAUAAAUGUUUGUGUCCCUUUUUUCUCUUUCUGUAUUUCCCCCUUCACUCACUGUCUUGCUCAGAACAGAUCUGCACUGUGGAUAUACUGGUUUUAAAGUCAGUAAGGGACAUGGGUGGCGCUGUGGUCUAAACCACUGAGCCUCUUGGGCUUGCCAAUCAGAAGGUUGGCAGUUCGAAUCUGAAGAGCGGGGUGAGCUCCCGUUGCUCUGUCCCAGCUUCUGCCAACCUAGCAGUUUGAAAGCACACCAGUGCAAGUAGAUAAAUAGGUACUGCUGCAGCAGGAAGGUAGACAGCGUUUCCAUGUGCUCUUGUUUCCAUCACGGUGCCCCGCUGCACCAGAAGCGGUUUAGUCAUGCUCACCACAUGACCUGGAAAGCUGUCUGUGGACAAACGCCAGCUCCCUCGGCCUGAAAAGUGAGAUGAACACUGCACCCCAUAGUCGCCUUUGUCUGGACUUAACCAUACAGGGGUCAUUUACCUUUUACCUUUACCUUUACCUUAAAAGUCAUUCCUUCCUUUUAACAAAACUGGGAGAUGGCACUUGUGUGUGCAUCAAGAGGGAAGGAAGUAGAAUUCCCUUCAAAAGAUGUUUAACAUCCCUGCUGUAUAAACGUAUACUUACCCCCAAACCACAUAUGCUCAGUCCUUCUACUCUUUUUCUAAAAGGAAACUCAGAUUUUAUGAUGCCACGGAUGAAGCACUCCUUAUGACCCACUUAUUGAAAGCCAAUGUACCAUUACAGAGCAGGUGAUGGAAGAUGCCUUUGUGGAGCCACCAUCUCAUCCAAAGCCCUGCUGACUUACUGUGUCCAGGGCAGAAGAAGCAUUCAGUUGUGAACUCUCACCUGUACUCUGAAGUGAAGCAGUCUAGUUAGAAGUUUGCCACCUCAUUUACCAUUUGCAAAAACGGGACCUUAGGUUCACUUUACUGUUUGAGAGGACUUUAUCCAUUUCCAGGCUGUCACAUUAAAAUAAAGGUAAAGGACAGUUAAGUCCAGUCGCAGACGACUCUGAGGUUGCCACACUCAUCUCGCUUUACAGGCCGAGGGAGCCAGCAUUAAUAUUGUAACACCAGUUUAGGAUGGCAAGCUUUCAGUAAGGCAUAACUAGUUUGUUUUCAAGAGUGGGGAAAUGGGAAACAAGUUGAUUGCUUGAUUUUUUUUUUCUGAUUUGUGAUAAAAUUACAUAAGAGCAUUUUUGCUUUCUUUCCUUGUGUUCAUGCAAAUCUUUAUUGGAAUGCAUCAUACUCAAGGCUCCUGCUGAGGUUGUCCAUGAUGAAGACAUUUAUGCAAAUUGGAGUACAGAAGAAGAGGUUAGUUUUGUUUUUGCAGUAUUUGAGAACUUUUUUAUACAGUUAAAAUGGAAUCUUGAUCCUGGGGUGUUCCUUGCCAAUUUUUACAUCAGUCAAACAAAUUAACUUCUUAACACCCAAAGCCAUUCAUAUUGUGGCAUUUGAGAUGGGUUAGUAUAGCACAGGAAACGGCAUUAGUUCAGAUCUGCUGAGAUCAAUACUUUUAUUUAGAGGUGUAGUUGUAUUAUUUAACAUAGACAAUAAAAACAUUUGUAACUACUAAGUAUGCUUUCAUUGCAGGGAAUGAAAUAAGGGAAUUCUCCUUUAUGCAACUUUAAUAAUCAGAUGAAACUUCUCCACCCCUAAGUACAUAUAUAGCUGGAAUGGCUGAGCUCCUGUCGCUGUCACUCAGAAUUGUGUCAAGUUCCUAAGAUAUAAUGUCCAUUCUCAUUAUGACAGGCUGCAACUACAUUUAGGUUUUGUUGGAGUCCUUUACUACCUGUUUGUAAACACAAUGUGUAAACACAAAUAUUAAGCCUUUGCUUAAUUUUAAGUAACUGCCAGGCCAUGAUGUCCCGGCCAUAAGCAUUGCUAGCAUACCAUUCAGAUGGUUAGAGGGCAAAUAGGGUAAGAGCCCCAUUUUGUUAUAGUGCACUUUACAGUUAAUUUGAAACUGAAUUUGAGAGGGUAAGAGACCUGCUGGAUUUUUUUGCGUGGCGGGGCACAAUCUAGUGCUGUCCUCUGUUUUAAAUGUGGCCAUGCAAAUGCCUCUAAGAAAACUUACUUAUAUCUAGAGAUUUCUUGAUAUAACCUUCCGGAAACAAACCUCCUCUUUCACUAUUAUGGAGGUUCCAAUUUAAGCAUAUUCAUAACUUACUUUUUGAGAAUUUUGCUUCAUUCUCCGUUACCUUUCGAUUAUUAAAGUACUUUUAAAAGUAGUACUUUAGUAGUAGUAGUACUUUGAUAGUAGAUGUAGCUAAGAAGCUUGUUCAUAAAAAGAACCUGUAUUAAAAUAAAAAUUUGUACUCACACAGGUUUUUUUUGGUGUGUGUGUGUGUGUAUAAAUUUAUUUUGACAAACUAAUCACCAUAAAUAAAUAAGAAUAAAAAUGUGCACCCAACAACCGAGACCAUUCCAUUGUAACUAUCCAACCUCCCAAAAUUUCAACACCUCCUGCGAUGGUUUGACCCCUUUCUGUUUUAACAGUACAAAUUCUACAAACAACCUCCAUAUCUCCUCAAAAUCAUUUCUCCUGCAUAUUCCCUGUCUUAUCUAAAUGUCACAUGUUAAUUUAUCAUUAAUAGCUACACCCCACACCUCUUUAUACCAUUCUUUCCUUUUUAUAAUCUGGUAUAUAUUGUAUAGUUUAGCAAAGUUGUACAUUUUAGUUGUAUGUUUAGAUUACAGUAGAAUGAAGGAUUAACUAUUGCUUGUGAUUGUUAUCAUGUAGGCUGAAGAAUAUUAUCAAGACGUGAAACCUGAGAAAAAGGUCUGUUUUAAAUACCCAAAUAUUUCAGUGUAUAAAAAUUAUGAAACAGCAAGAGCUGAAGUACUGAGCAGGGGAAAUUGGGGUGCCCCCUUUCUUCACAACAAGCAUUUGCUCAAGUGAAUUAGUUUAUCAAUUCAGGAGGUACAAGACCAUCUUUCAUGUCUCCCCUACUAUACAGAAAUGAUGGAGCCCUUUAUAUAAAAUAUAUAUUUCUCCCAUCUAUUCAGGCUCAGAUAAUAACAAAAUAGGAAAGUGCUUAUAGUGUGGUCUGGUCAUUUGUAAUACUUAUGCAGACUUGGGGGAAGCACUUGGGAUAGAAAUUGCUUAGGAGCACAGCUUCCUUACACUGAUCUGAACUGAGCUCAGUAUUCCCAUUUAUCUAAGCCACUGACUUUCUCUGUAUUAUAUUUUGGACUUGGCUUGGGGCCUGACAGGGGUGCUAACUUGAAUAAAAUAUCAUGGGGGGCCCAGGUAAGCCCGCCCCACAUAACUGGUCACAUGAUGCAGUGCAUCCACACCAUUUCAAUGGGAAUACCCAUCAACUUUGUGGGGGCACGACCCCCUCAAAUAUUUUAUUGUGGGGGCUGAAGCCCCCACGGCCCUUAGAAGUUGGCUCCUAUGGGACCUGAGUUGUCCUUCAAUUUCGCAUUUCUCUUGUGGCCUCCCAUAUCAUCUCUCACGCUGUUUUUCCAACCCUCCUGAACAAGAGUUUCUUGGGGCUGAAGGGGGAAGGAAAGUUUGGUGAAAAUUGCCUCCUCCAGUGGCAGCAUCCCUGAACAGAGUUCCGAUCAUGGGAACAUGGGAUCCAGUUCAUUUAUUUCCACCUUGGUCAUGUGAGACAACACUAGUUACUAUACUAAGAGACGAGAAGGGAUGGGAAAUACUGGUUCAUGCUGCUGAAAUGGAAUCACUUCAACAUAUCGGUGUAGUUAAGUACGCCACAUUAAUAUCAGACUUAGAAAAUUAAGCACAUUGUUAAAGUUGAAAAAUCAUGAGUUCUUGGCUGAAAGACAGUGAAGAGCAGUGGGCAAUAUUGGUAAAAUAUGUUACAGAUUUGCUCUGGAAGCAGUUGCGAAGUAUAAACUGCUAACAUUAGAUUAAACAAGCUGUGGGUUUUAAUAUAUGCAAAGAUUUAUAGUAAUAAUUUAGUGCUAUUGAUUUCUUUAGCAAUCAACUACCAGCAAAAGAGUUUUCUUUAAUUAAUAAUGCCCGAACUGCCAAUAAAGUGUAUAUUAAGUAUUUUCUCCGCCAGUGAAAUUUUGUAAAAUCAAAUACGCAUUGAUUUUAUAAUUGGCUUUCUUAUGCAUUGCUCACAAAAUAUAUUUAAGUUAAUAUCUCUUCUUACUUUCUUGAUACUGUUUUGUGGCUAUGGUUGAAGUAUUUUAGAACUUCGCUUGAAAAUAGGAUUGAUAUUGACCGAACCAGAAGUAUUAAAUGCUGUCGAACAGGAAUGCAUUGGGGAGAAUCCUCAGUGUUAAGAUUUUUGGUCCAGGGCUGCAACUUUGCAAACAGUGGGAUUUAUAGUAGAAUCCUAUGCUUAUCUACUCAGAAAUAAGCUCUGUUCAACGGAGCUUGUUUCCAGUGCCUAAGUAGAUGUGUAUAGCAGGCAGAGGCAAAUUCGGCCCUCUAGAUGUCUUGGGACUACAACUCCCAUCAUCCCUGACCACGGGUUCUGUUAGCUAGGGAUGAUGGGAGUUGUAGUCCCAAAAACAUCUGGAGGGCUGAGAUUGCCUAUGCCUGGUGUAUAGCAUAGCAGCCUUAGUAGUGUAAGUAUGCAGACAAAAAAAAUGGAAUUUAGCCAGUGUGUAGCAGGACUGCUGCCUAGGGCUUUAUCUGAAUACUUUGCUUUAUAACCAUGGAAAAUGAUUAGAACUGUAUUAUAUCUGAUGACUUUACAUCAGGAAAGGUUGAUAAAAGGUGGAUAAAUGUGUUUUUACUCUGAAAUGCAGUGUGUCCAGAUAUAUCUGCUCCCAAAUAUUUUAGGGUAGGAGUUCUGGUACACAUGACCAAAGGAUUACUGGAUUUAUCCCCCAUGUUAGCUCAAAACAUGUCAUUAAUUUUAAAAGUUACUAGUUUGUCUGGAAUUCAGGAUGCCUCACACAAUAUUUUAAAUGCUACUACGUUCAAAAAAAGUCAGUUCUCUCACGCAGCCAAAGCUGAAUCAGUCUCUUGCACCCCUGUUCAACAAAUCUUCACUUCCUUUUAUCACUCCAUUCAUUGGGCUUUGAAGAACGGAGUCUUAACUAUUACAUAACAAGCAUACAUUAGCAAUUUGUCAUUUUCUAGCAGAGAAUGCCUCAGUGCUAUAAUAAAUCUUACCAGUUUUUAACUGCAGGUGCACCUUGUUUAAGACAUUACAAAAGUGGAUUUAUUACGGCAAUUAUUAUGCUGGUGUCUAUGAAAUAUACUAAAAUUUCAUAGGGAUUUGAAUUGCUAGAUUGUUCUACCCUGUGGUGCAGUCUGUCACCUUUUAUCACAUUUGAAUAAGUUGGACUUAAAAUCUGUACCUUAUGAAUGACUGCUAGCCCAUAUCUAUCUAUCUAUCUAUCUAUCUAUCAUCUAUCUAUCUAUCUAUCUAUCUAUCUAUCUAUCUAUCUCUCAUCUAUCUAUCACCUCUAAAUAUCUAUGCACCCAUGCCCGUCCUAUUCUCAUGCUGUGCAGUUUUCAGCACAGCUGAUAUACAUAAUACUAUGGUAUAGAGAGAGAGAACAGCUACUCUUGCCUCACUCUGUCACGUGGUAACAAUUGUCAUGGCUUGAGCUGUGUGGAAUUCUAAAGAAAUUCCGUACAAAGUGCAGAAUAUGUUCCGCUUCCUCACCAAAACGUCAUCAGAUGAUUGAAUUAAUUGGUUACAGAUGUCAGAGGGUUUGAUGUAGACAUUGAGUGUGUAUCCUGAAAUCAGCCGCCUGACUGCUGCUUGGUGGUUGAAUAGGGCUGACCAGGCUUAAGGUUGUUCUUCAACACGCAUCACCUCUGAGUGGCCCACAAGAUCACUGGGAGGGAGUGCUAAGGACCGUCAGCCCCCGAGUUUGGCAUCUGGACAUGAAGCACCCCACAGGCCGCCUUAAGGGAAUAUCCCAUGACAGCAAAGCGGGAGGUUGGGGGCAGCCAAUGACUUUUCUAUUCCAAUGCCUUCUCUGCCAACUAGUUGUGGUGAUUGUGAUGAAGUAGUAGGCAAAACCUGCAGAGGUUAGUCUGCAAGAAGAAUUCCUCCCUGGCCUCUUAAUACGGUGACCAGUGUAGUCCAUAGCAAGGUCCAGCAACAGCUUUAGGCGGCUCGUAAACCACAGAAAUGGUAACCCUGGCAGUUGGCAGAGCCACAGAAACACUUCUGCGCCUCUUUGCCGUAUCUCUGGAACUGGUAGUCAAAAGGUUUAGCUCUGAGCCUGACGGAACAAGUUUUGUGGUGAAGAAGCCAACCCACAGCUGCCUGUUCAUUGUCCAUUUCAUUGUCUCACAGUUUGGCUCACAGCUGUGGUUCAUAAAAGGAGAGCAGUUUCCUUUCUGGGUGGCAUCUAUUACCUCAUCAUUUUUUGAAUGACAUGAAAUAAUGAUGGAUAUUCUUGCCUCGGGCAUACUCCUUCACUCGGGCUUUGAACUCUUUGUGCUCGAGCGCUUCACCAGAGUAGUCCUAUACAAAGGUGUUGGAGGGUAGGUCUUUUGCUGCUCUCCACAACGCCCCCCCCAGCCUUUCUUUUCUGUCAGAAUGACUUCAACAUCUGCGUGUUUCUUCCUCUGAAACCACCGGUUGGAGCAGUACUCCCUACUGAGGCAUCUUGAGGAACAUUCUAUCAUGAGUAGACGGUUAAGACAGUCUUUUCCAAACGCAACCUCUCCUUGAGAAAUGUGGAAGGAGAAUAGGAAAUCCAGCCUGCCUGACUGGCUGCCGAAGCCACGGCACUGCUGGCCUUAUCAGGGAGUGGACCAGAAGGAAGAGGUUCUCCCUCCCCAGCCCCUCGGAGUGGCGUCCGCAGCCCCGACAGGCAUGUUCCCCAGCAGUCAGUGCAACAAGAGGAGACAGAAGCGCCCUCUCCAGCCAACAGCUGGGCCCACAGCAGUUGCUUCCAGCAGGAAUGAGCCUUUCUGCACACACACACACGUAUAAUUAAUAUUGCUAUUCCAUACUGAUGAUUAUACUGUAUUGAUGAUCUAGAGUAUUUUAGAACCUUGACUGAUGUUGAUUUUUGUUUCAGGAAAGAAAGGGCGUUUUCAAAAAAAUGUUUGGAUUCUUCUUCAGAUCAAAGAAGAAAGGUAUGUCAUAAAUUUAUUUACAAUACAAAUAAGAAAUAGCAAAUAUACUCCAUGGCUAAUCUAUUCUACGGUACCAUUAUGUUGGGAUUACAGUAUUUCUUUUGUGUGUGUGUUUUUGAAAACCAACAAUGUAAGAAUUACCAUGCUUGGCUAGAUCUAAUUCUGCCGAGCUCAGCAUUCUUUCUGCUGACAUUGGACAACCAGAUAUAUGCUAAGCAUAAUUCUUCAAGCAAGACGUAGUUCCGCUAGUCCCCCUUUCUUGGUUACUCCCCAUCAUCUACAGAAUUUGACUAUUUCUUAAUAUGAAAAUUAUGCUCGUGGUUCUUAACAUGAAACUGUUCUUAACCUGAGAUACCACUUUAGCUAGUGGGGCCUCCCGCUGCCACACAAUUUCUGUUCUCAUCCUGAAGCAAAGUUAUUAACCAGAGGUACUAUUUUUGGAUUAGCGGAGUCUGUAACCUGAAUCAUCUGUAACCUGAAGUGUCUGUAACCUGAGGUACCACUGUACUAAUGAUUGUCACGACAUUCUUUGGUAGUAGGCUCCACUGGUGAAUGUGUGUGUGUGUGUGUGUGUGUGUGUGUAAAAACUAACCAACCCAAACCACCCUCCAUUGUUUGCCCUAGAUUCACUGCCUGUCAGUUUCAUCAGAAAUGUUUUGAAAGCAAAUACUUUUACACUCUGCACAUCAUUCAUGAUUUAUUAACCUCUGUCCUUAGGGCAGUUUUUGAUGCCUCAUAAAGGCAAACCCAGAUCUGCCAUUGAAUUGCAUGCUCAGCACAGCUACAGCCAUUCAUGAUUUCCUGAUAAGCAUACAUGCAUUUGUCACUUUAACUCUUUAAUUGUUUGCGUGGGUAUUUCAAAACAGAGGUGCAUCUAAAAGUGAGUUGUGUGGUGUGGCCCUAAGUUGUCUUUUUCGAAAGUCAGACCAGCUGUUGAAACUAGUGAUGCUCAACAUGUUUAGCUGCUGAGGCUAGAAACCUCAAAACAACACUCUCACUGUCAUUGAUCAGGAAGGAGACUUAAAAUUUGGCCUCUGAAUUUUCAUGCACAACUAUUUGCAGCUGGUGUUUGGAGCUUGAAAAUAUGGUUCCCUUUGUGCUGAAUUAGCACUAGCAAGGCUUCCACCAAAUCAUAAAACCCCGUAGCUGGUGGAUCUUGGCUGUGGGCUUGUGCCUUAAAUCUCACUGUUAUUUUCCUUUCCUUUCCUUUCCUCUCUUCAUUUUUUGGCUGAUAAAUCAAUAUGCCUAGAAUAUACAGGCAACCCCCCCUUUUACACGCAUUUGAUAUGUGCACAAUCGUGUAUACGUGUAUCGCGCCAAACCUGGAAGUGACCCAGAAACAUCAUAACGAUACCAAUGAGACAUCACUAAAAGCUGGGCAGAGGUGGGAUGGGAUGUUUGCUCAAAUUUUCACUUAUACACGAUUCCGCCAAUGCAUGCGGUACCUUGGAAUGUACUGUAUUUUUCGCCCCAUAGGGCGCACCGGCCCAUAGGGCGCACCUAGUUUUUUUGGGGGGGAAAUAAAGAAAAAAAAUUCUUCUUCUUACACAUGCAUGCUAUCUUUUUUGGUGAAGUUAUAUUCAUUAACUGGCUUUUCAUUGAAAAGCUGCUGUAGCUUCUGAACUACAAAAGCCUGAGAAAUUCAUUUGGGUAAUGCUAGAUGGCUAGAAGUCUACAUUUUCAAAAAAGUCUUGGUUUUAAGUAUAUGGUCUAAUGCAGUUUCUUUCCCCUUUGCGUGAGGUACCUUUGGUGUCUUUUUCGUGUGAGAGAAAGCUGUCAUAUAUACUUGCAGGGGGAAACACAUAUAUAAGAAGUCAGGCUGAAUAAUAAUGCAGUUCACUGAAAGCAAAUGGCUGAAAGGAAACUUAAAAACCCAAGGCUUAGUCUAUCCUGGCAAUGCAUUCCCUUGAUAGUAUCACUGGAGACUCAGCCAGACCUCUGGCAUUCCUUUUGCAUUUUGUUACCUUACUUCUGCCCUCCCUGAACAGUGGGGACAGAGGGAAGCACGAAGCCUUGGCCUGCAAGCACACGGCCAUGGCACAGAGUACCACCACUGUAGAAGUUGAGUCACGGAAAUUUGCUCACUGUCUCUAUGUCCCGUCUUUGACAUAUGGUGAUAUUUCUUUGAUUACCAAAUUGCCUGGGUAAGAAGCAAUGUUGUAUAUCCAUUGUCAUAUUCAGCUCCCGAUGAGCUAGCGCAUCAAAUAUGAAAGAUGCAUAGGUAAGAUGUCAGGAUUCCCAUGACAAAGCAUUGCGACUGUAAAUGCUCGGUGGUUUUUAACCAGUUAUUUGCUUCACCAUCAGUCAUGAAUAUACAACAUGGUAUCAACAUGCAUUGCAUAGUGGUGAGCUUACAACCAGCAGCACAUUGCUCAGCCAGCAUUCUCCCUGCAAAAAGCUGUGCCAAACCAACAAUAGUUAUUGAUGCAUUAGGGCAGUGAUGGCCAAACUUGGCCCUCCUGAAGUGAAGGACAUGAGGCAGGAGUUGAUAAUGCAGGUGAGCUGCGCACAGGUGAGCUGCAAGCAAGCUGCUGGCCAGCUCUGUGGAGGCUCCUUUUAUUGACACAAUAUGCAAACCCAGGCAGAUACAUUUUGGGCUUUACACAUCUUCCAGUCCCGAGAUCGUGGGGUAGUACAAAGCUAUUCUGGCACCUGUUUCCACCGUGUCAUUUCCCCAUGUCAUUUCCCACCGUGUCAUUUUCAGUGUACAGUGGUGCCUCGCAAGACGAAAAGAAUCCGUUCUGGGAGUCUCUUCGUCUAGCGGUUUUUUCGUCUUGCGAAGCAAGCCCAUUGACGGGAUUAGCGGAUUAGCGCUAUUAGCGCUAUUAGCGGCUUUUAGCGGCUUUUAGCAGCUUAUCAGCUUAUCAGAUAAGCAGAUAAGCGGCAGCGACUUAGAAAAGAGGGGAAAAGGAAAAAAAACCCCUAGGAACUCGCAAGACAUUUUCGUCUUGCGAAGCAAGCCCAUUGCAGAUUCGUUUUGCGAGGCACCUCCAAAACGGAAAACUCUUUCGUCUAGCGAGUUUUCCGUCUUGCGAGGCAUUCGUCUUGCGGGGCACCACUGUAUAACGAAGGAGACAAAGAUCUCAGAGACAAAGGUCACAGACAGGACACCACAGACCACUGAAACCGCAAAAGGUUAGACAGAGGGCAAGAUGUUCAGACAGCUGCGGCUUUAUCUGUGAGGGGGAGUGUGCCCCACACCCCAAGGUCACGUGUGCAGGCAGCUGAGGCUCCCUGCGGGCGGGGAGUGUGCUCCGCACCCAGCGAUCAUUCCUACACCCUCCAGCUGUUUUGGGACUACAAUUCCCAUCAUCCCUGACCACUGGUCCUGUUAGCUAGGGAUGAUGGGAGCUAUAGUCCUAAAACAGCUGGAGGACCAAGUUUGGCCAUCACUGCAUUAGGGCAUCACCUCACAGGGAGACUGUGAGAAUGCUACAAUGCAGUGAGAAGACAAUGUCAAAACUAACUGACUAGAUAAAUAUAAAAAAAUAGAUAAACUGAAGUGUGAAACAUGGGCAAUGUUAUUGCUGAUUGGACAAAUAUACUCAAGGACUUCACUGACAUCCUUUAUUCAACAGCAGAGGGAAGCUGAGUCCAUGUUACAACAUUGUGUAAUCCAGAACGUGCAACACUUGGCAAUUUGAAGCUAUGGGUCUAGUACCUGCACUACUGCAGAGAUUACAUCCUUGUGGAAAAUAUAGCAUGUGUGAUACAUUUCUUAUUAUGGGACACUGUGGAGUGGAUCAGCCGAUAUAGUUAUCUCCUUACCAUUCAAAUGAACACAUCUCAGAGCAGCAGUGGAUUAGCUGUUGGAUGCAACCACACCACCUGAUGAUGGAUGAUUUUGGAAUGGAUGUUAUUCAUUCAUGUGCCAGUUUAGAAAAUAGUCAUGUGGUCUUUCAGGGGUGGUCUCUGACCUACGCUUGUGCUGUCUCAACACGCUCGAUCACACUUCUCUGUGCCAUUACAACUUUGCAAACCUUCAUGCAUGAAAGUUGCUUGUCUUACUGAAUGCCUGGACUUGAACCUGCUGAAGAUGAAGAGCAUACGGCUGUUGGAUUUCAGUGCCAGCAAGCAGCCAUUGUGUCUCCUGGUCUUCCGAACUAUAAAUAUGCCCAAGAGGUGGUAUAUCCUGUCUUAGCAAAAGAAACAAAAACCAGCAGAAGCUCUCCACUUGAGACAUUGCUCUCCAGCCCAUCCAUUAGUUUCAUACCAAAAAGAGUACCACGCUUAGAGAAAUCCAAAGAGCUCAAACUAUGCUCUGUUUGAGAGCAGUGGCACACUGGAUAAUUAGUUACCUAUUUGUCAUUUUUUCCUGGAUGAAUCUGGGCACCAUUGCAUAGUAGGGUCACUUGGAACUGGCUCAAGAAAGCUUUGUUUGAUUCAUCUAGAAUUCCUAGAAAACCUCAAUAUUACAGGAGGACCAAGAACAUCAGAAAGACUAAUAGACCUUGCAGAACUGGUGGAACUAACAGGAAAAAAUAGGAAACCAACAUGACGGACUAUUCAUGGAAGGAUGAAUAUCUGAAAAAGAUAGCGUACAUGGAUGAAAUGGCUAGCAGGAUUUGCAAUACGAGCAGCGGAAGGAAAAUGAUAACAUAUGAAAUAGAAGAUAUGUCUUGGGGAAACUUGUAUUAGAAUGCAGUAUGCAAAUAGGAUGGGAUUAAGAAAAGCAUGCAGGGAAAGGUGGGAAGUCAAAGUUUAAAGAGAAAUGUAUAACAAAUUUGAAAUCUGGAAUUUAUAUGUUAAAGAUUUUAAAGUUUAAUAAAAAUUUGGCACACACAUAAAGAACAUCAGUAGGGCUGCUGGGUAACAUCAGUCCUUGAUCAUCAUGACCUAGUGAGAUGAGGGUUCCAGAACCUUGCAUCACUGCACCACUUAGCUCUUACUUCCUCAUUACCUGGACUCCAUUUCAUUUACAGUUACAUUUUUUGUUCACAGGUGAGGAGACUUUAUUAGCUGGAAGUGCUGAAUCUGUGGUAGGAACUGAUAGCCACACAAGUAAUGUCCAUGGCACCACUCAACCACCCCCUGUAGCUGAAGUGCCACAGAGUCCCUCUACCAGAAUGGACAGUAAAGAAAAUGAGGGAGAUACAGACAGCAUUGGUUCCCCAGAAAUGGAGGGAGAAGAUGCACCAGCACAAUUUGUACCUAAGAGGAGGGAGAUGCAGGAAGAAGAUGAACCAUCACACCUUGUACCCAAUGAGAAGACAGGACAUAGUGAUCAGCCAGAGGACCAAGCGGACUCUGUCAACAUGCCAGAACAACAGCUGAUGCAGAAUGAUGCAACUGGAGAUGUAAAAGCCAUCAGCCAGGAUGGUGAGUUGCCACAUACAGGGAGAAUGCGCUGUGCUGUCUGCCAGAGCAGAAAUGGGAUGCCACUAUGCAUGUGCUACGACCUUGGUCCCACCCAACUCUACAACUCUAUGAUUCAGUGAUUCUAACUGUUAUUGACAACUUUCAAGUGAAGACUGUGCUCAUUGGGGAAGUUGCUUUGUUCCCUCUCUCAUGGGUUUUGUUUCAACCAAAACUUGCUGGAAACUCAGCUCCAGCACCUCUCAGGUGGGCGCCAUUGCCAUUAUAAGAGAACAAGGGAGGUGUUCAUGGUGAGCUCCAGCACAUCUUUCUAGAAAAAAAUGACACUGCUCUCACUGAUGGCCAAAUCAAACUAUGGGAGUUGGCAAAUCAGUCUCGUUCAGAGUUAGGAAUUAGCAUGCAUUUGGAACUCUUGUCCCUUCCAGAUACUUUGCCUCUUGUUAAUGAUGAUAGUUGGUUUACACCAGACUUGCUUUCUCUGUACGGCUUUGCACAGCCACCUGUAGAGCAAACUUGAAGGAGCUUUAAGAGUAUGCUUGGGGUGCCAGCCAGAUUGGGCACCUAGCUAGCACUCUGGACUUCUGACUAAUAAUGGUACACAACAGCUUCUCCCCUCUUAUUUCGUUUUUUGCUUCUAGUGUGUCGAAUUGAAUACGGGUAUAAUAAAUAGAUCAGCUCAGAAUAUAUUGUAGUGCAUAACGUUUACUUUUCUGAGUAAAAGUCUCUAUUUUCUUCCUCCUGCUCCCUACCCCAAAAAUUCAUUGCAUUCCUCGAAAUAUCUCUAGUGUUGGUAAUCAGCGCGUUUGGUCUGCUGGCUUAGGCAGAGAUGCUAAAAUACCCUAAAGUUAAUUUUGUAAUUCACGAAGCCUCACUAUGUUAGAAUCUGUGUAAUAAUGACAACAGCCUAUUUACUCUUCCUCUCACACAUAGUUUUCAUUUCUUGGUUGAUUAACUUUAGGUAGAUAACUGAGUAUUAUGAAUGUAAUGAGAAGAAGAAAAAAUCCAUUGUGCUUUCAAUUACUUCCAAUAGUGAAAAGGUAUAAUUAUAGAAGCUAGGAGGGUAAGUCCUCUGUAUUAUUUUGUUUAUAUUGCAGAUGAAGCUGCAGUACUGUGUUUUCCAUUAGAGCGGCCUAACGCUUUCCAUCAGAACAUCCUAUUUUCAUUUCCGUCACCAUGUUGUAGAAGCAUUUCAGGUCUGCCUCAGGCUGCAAACUUCAGCAGUAAUGAUUAUGUCAUUUCCAGGAAUGUGAUUAUGCGUAAAAAACCCCAAACCUUCCUCCUGAUAGGCAUAUGCCUUCUUUCACUGAGCUCUCACGCUUCCACCCAUUGGACCAUGGAUUUAUUAUUUAUUCCAUCUCACUUUCUAGCUUCUGUCAUCCCCAGGCCUUGGGGCAAAUCACAGCUAAAUAAAAAGAAAAGAAAGCUUUGCCACACCCAGGGUGUUGUGCGCAGAUGUUUCCAAGGCUGCAUUCUGUGUGUACUUCAAAGUCCACUUAAAAGGCAUGGGGCUUAACUACAAAUUACAUAUACUUAUACACUAGCAUGCAAGUUUGCUAAUUUUUAAGCAUAGAUGGGAGAGGGUAUCGACCGUUCUUGCUUAUGUGUGCUGCUAUAAUGAUUUUGAUUAUGGGAUUACAUUUCCCCCUCUAAGGGAUCACAGAGAUGUUCUGCAAAAAAGGUAUUAACAAUAAUCUGGGAAUGAAUUAGCAUUUUAUAAUGAAUGAGCCGUCAGUUGAAGGAUUCUGCCUCAUUUGUUGAACAUGCUGGAAGGUGUGUAGCAAAUGAAAUAGGAGACCGCAUAGGCCGACGGGUAGUGGCUGUUUGUAGGUUAGAGAUGUGAACGGAAUAAUGUAGUACUGUAUUAAAAUCCCCAGUCCCAUUGACAACCAACCUACAGAGACCUAGGUUGCUCAGUCAUGAAUUUCUAGGUAGAAGCAGACUUCUUUAAAAAAACAACAACUGAAAAUCAGUGCCCUGCUAUGGCAUGUAACACAACUUAUCCCAUGUAUUGAUAUUGUUAUGCUGUUUUUCUCUGCCAAAAAAUGGCCAGUGAUUGGAAUCAAGGAAAUCCACAGUGUUGUCAGCACGUAGGGUAAUUUUUACUAGGCAUUGCAUGAAGCUGACAUCACACUGUAGACACACUGUUAACAGGAUCAUUAAUUCUCUUGUCUCUGGUGAUCUUGAGUCAGCAGCUGUCUCCCAACCAAAAUUAUCCUCACAACAAUCCUAAGAGUUAAAAUUGAUUAACACACCAUCUACACCACCAUUAGGUUGUCUGGAGCAAAGGCAGAAUACAAAGGAACAAAUCAAUAACUCAAUUUCUAAUUUUAACUGAUAUUUAUUUGCAUUGUAUUGAGUUCCUUGAACACCACUUAGAGACGACUAUAAUUAAGUAGUAUAUAAAUUGUUUAAAUAAUAAAAGAAUUAAAAAUAUUGCUAAGCUUGAGUACAACAGGGAAAUUUAUUUAAUUCAGCUUUUCCUUGUUUCUUCCUCACGUCCUCCUGGAUGCCUAAAUAUAAUGUGGGACUUUCCCCCCCUGAAGUUUUGUGUACAACUAGACAUGUAAAGUCGGGGGAAGGAGGUAUUUUUUGUCCGCCAUUUUUCAAAAUAUUCAUCCAAAAUAUUUUCUCACGGAAUGAGUGAAAUGAUUCGUAACGUAAGACUCUACCCAUUCCAAAUCUAUAGUAUUAAAGGAUGAGAAUUGCUGUGUAGAUAUAUACAAUAGUUAAAUCCAAAUGCUUUUGUCUACCCAGAGGGUUAUUUUUAUGAGAGGAGCAUAUAGGGCAGCGGUUCUCAAUCUGUGAGUCCCCAGAUGUUGUUGGACUACAACUCCCAUCAUCCCUGAGCUCUGGCCUUGCUAGCUAGGGGUGAUGGGAGUUGUAGUUCAACAACAUCUGGGGACCCACAGGUUGAGAAAGGCUGAAAUAGGGCCUUCGUUUUCUUGUGAAUUACUACUUUCCUUCUUCUGGUGGCCUUUGAUCUACUUUGUAAGUACUGUCUUGCAUUUCUUGCCCUUUUGAUCUGUCCCCUCUUCUUGGGAUGGUAACCCAAGCAAGGGAAGGUCAGAAGUUCCUUGGAGAUGAAUGUGUGUCAGUUCAGGACCACAGACAGUGCUCUUAACAGCUGAGGCCACAUUGCAUCAGCAAGGCCUUGAAGUAACUGGCUGAGUUUUACAGCAGGGCUAGGUAGAUACUGACCGGAGCCCUUCCCCAAUGAUGACUCCUGGCCAGUUAGAUGGGCUGAUGUCUUAUGCAGCCAUUAGCUACUUCAAGGUAAUGGGGUUUUAACCUCUGUGGAAGUCUCAUCAGGGCUCCCUUGAUCCUUCAAGGAGUCUGUGGGUGUUUAAUCGUUUAGUCGUGUCCGACUCUUUGUGACCCCAUGGACCAGAGCUGCCAGGCACUCCUGUCUUCCACUGCCUCCUGCAGUUUGGUCAAACUCAUGCUGGUAGCUUCGAGAACACUAUCCAGCCAUCUCGUCCUCUGCCGUCCCCUUCUCCUUGUGCCCUCCAUCUUUCCCAACAUCAGGGUCUUUUCCAGGGAGUCUUCUCUUCUCAUGAGGUGGCCAAAGUAUUGGAGCCUCAGCUUCAGGACCUGUCCUUCCAGUGAUGUCAAACUCUGCACUGUAAAGCUUCCUAGCCAACCAGCAGUACAUGGACGGAGAGGGGUGGGAGCAUGCAGGACUGGGCAAAAGCAGCUGGCCUCCCAGUGCUCUCACCACAGCCACAUGGAGAAAGAAGGUGUCCAGUGGGAGAAAAAGAGGAGUUUAGAGUGAGGUACUAGUUGGGAGUUUGGGAAUGGAGGUAUAGCAGUAAUAGGAAUGCUGUACAAGAGUGGUCAGGAGAGUCUGGGACAACAGUUCUAACAUUAGAAGAAAGAUGGAGUCUGAGAACUUUCCAUUCAUGUAAGGCUGUUUGUGCCCCCCACCCUGCCCAGUUGUACUUACAAGCUACAUACAUAAAGUGGAUAUUGGCUGCAAAAAGUUUCCAAAGAAACUCGCAAAGUCUGGUGCUGUUCUCAUAGAAAAAAUAUAGUUUUGGAUGGUAGCAAGCAAGGCUCCUAUUGCCUGAAACCAACUGAAGGCGUAUGCACCUUUUACUUAUAGAGUUACUUGUGUUGUGAAUAAUCUUCAUGUUAAUUUAUUGCAUUUACAGUUAUCGAGAAAUACAGUUUAGUCAAUACUCGGAAGCACCGAGUUCAGAGGAGAGACACUGUUAACUGCAAGACCAAUGUGAAGCUGGCUUUCAUAUUUGAAUAAACACUUAUCUAAUUUUUAGAUCAAAAUGAAGAAGCAAACGAAGAUUCGAGAAAAUUAGAUACAAAAAAACCGUCUUACGAUAAGAAAAACGAAGAUUUUGAUGCAUAUGAUUACAACUGAGGGGGCUAUUUUGAACACCUUGCCAUCUGUUACAAAGGUACAGUAUAUACUCAUUGUGUCUCGCACACAAUUUGUAGAAAUUUCCUACAUUCCAGUUAUUAAAUCUAACUUUUAACUAUAGAUACAGAUAUUGCUUAAUUAUUGUUAGUGAUUUAGUAUAAAGAUGUAGGGAAUGGCCCAUAGAACUGAUUUUCAUAAGUGUUUUCUUAUUCUUAAAACAAUUAUGGGUGUAUUUUAAGAUGGCACUAGUCUAGCCCUAGUCACUGAAACAUUGUCAUUUGUAUUUUAAGUACUGAGGGUGCACUGUAUGGCAGUUAAAUCUGUAUGAAAUAUGACAGUAAAAUAUGAAUUAGUAGCGGUGUUUUGUGUAAUGCCAUUUUUUCCCUUUUUUUAAGGAUUUUAAUGUUGGAGCUCAUGAAACAUCUUGUUUAUCACUGGAGGUACCAUCACUAUCAUUUAAAUAUAUUUAAAGAGUGCCAUCUUUCCAGCACAAAUAGAAAUGUAAACUUUAAUUAUGGGUUAUGUUUUCCUUAUUUGUUGGUGAAUAUAUACUGCUCCCCAUUAAGGUAUGGUGAGAACGAAGGUCUUAAAAUAUUUAGCAAAACUGCAGCAUGCAGUGAUUUUCACUAUUCAAGUUGUUGACGAUUAAUUCUUUUUAUAAUUUCCUGAUGAAUUAUUUUUUUCUGUCUGCCUAAUCAGCUGUCCUGCUGUGAAAUAUAAUUGCACUUGCACGAAAAUUACCAUCUCAUGAGAUGAACGAGUUUGAUGAUUAAAUUUGGUAGAAUGAAGUAAUAACAUUCAAACACUAAAGUAGAAUGGCAUGCUGAUCCCUUUGCCGCAGUUUGAUGGCAUUUCUAAAAGAACAGAAUAUGUUUUAGGAACAAUUCAGUUUGACUCACAACAGAGCAGAGAAAUUUUAAAGUAAGCCACAAUCUCUUGGAAAACGAAAGAACUUCACCUCUGUUAAAUAAAAAAAUACCAGCCUUGAUUUGUGGUCAUCCAAAUAUAGCUCACCAAGGGUGUUUUUUUUAAAAAAAACCAAAACCAAAAUCUCUCAAGUCUGAUAACAAAACAUAUUUGCUGGUAUAUGCAAUUACUAAACUGCAUCUGAAGUACAGUAGCAGCCUGGCAUUCGUAUCAGUAGGAGACAGACUUCUGUUCAAAUAACGUGAAUUAUCUGUUGUUUUAUCCACAGAGAGCAGAUACAGUUUUCUACCCAUAUUUUCCCGAAUGAUAAGCCCUAGUGUUUUUUCUCCUUGUCAUUUUUUAACGAAGUUCAUUAUUUUUGAACUUGUAGCUCUCUCCCCCCCCUCCACAAAUGAAAUACAAAUAUUUGAUGCAGAGCUAGCCAAAUCCUAGAUGAGAAACAACAGGCUCAAGACUACAGAUGUGAACAGCUUUUGAAACUAUUUAUUUCUCAAGCUUGUCUGUCAAAAUGUCCUUGGUAUAUACAGAAUAAAGCGAGUGGCCACCAUGUUUCAUUAGAUAAUGCCUAGGAGACAGAGCCAGACUCAAUACUUCACACAAUCUAGCUCUUUCUUGCUGAUUAUUCCCCCUGAAAGGAGAAUAUCUAAGAGCAGUGCCAGAAGGAAGGAGGGUGAGACAAGCUAGUAGCUGCUCUUUUUACUUGGAGGGCAUCAUUUUCACAUUAAAAAUUGUGACUGAAUCAGGAAUAAGACUGCUGCGGUCCCAAGAUGCUUCUUACUUUUCUAGUUAACUCCAUCAGAAUCGAGUAGACUUCAGGGAAAACGUGUGGGUGGGUGGUUUGCAUACCCAGGAGAUGGGUUACUCAGGAGUGCCUUUUAACAGAUUUGGGUGUAGGACAUCCAGAGCCAUUCCUGUGCCGAGAUAGUUUGGCUGUUUUGGGCCCUAGCAUUAGUAAUUUCAAGUUUGAAACCAGUUACCAGCAAAAUUUAGACAGGCGCCUAACAUAGUGUUGUUUAGGUACCUAUGAAACACACUUUUGUUUCAGAAGGCAUUUUUCGUGAGUUGUGGCCCAGUCGUGUUUAGGACGUCUGUAGAAAUGGUCUUGUUAUUUUUAGAAGUUGGUUUUGUGUAUGUGUGUGUGUGUUUUAUCUCAUUUUUAUCUUGUAUAUGGCUUCAGAUCAUAGAAGCCAACUCCUUGGAGCUGAGAUCCCUUUGCAUCCCCCCAAUAAAAUAUCUGAGGCACGCCCCCCAAAGUUAAUGGACAUUACCAUUCAAAGGGUGUGCACGCACCACAUGUUGUUAUCGAUUAUGAGAGGUGGGACAUACUUGGGUCGUCCCCCCAAUAUUUUAUUCAAGUUGGCACCCCUGCUUCAGAUUAUGAAUGUGAAAAUAUAUAAGUAUACUACCUUGGCUCUUACAGAAAUCUAAUGUUUGGGACAAAGCUUCUCUAUCUCCAAAAUGCACUUUCCCCUUCUGGACCUGCCUUCACAAUAUUGUUUUCUGUAUUGAACAAUGUUUUCAGGCUUUCUCAGACUGCUUUUGUGUAUGAGGUCCAAUGUCAGGGUUAGCUUGGCAGUAAAAUAUGAAUCAGUGAAAGCUUGUGUCAGGGAGUAAGCCAGGAGAUGAAAAACGUUGCCUUACUGACCAAGUAAAGUGAUGCUUUUGGUAUAACACAGCUGAUUGGCACCUUCUGUUUUGUUUCCUCAUUUGUAAAUAAAAUAUAUUAUUUAUUUAUUUUAUAUUUCUACACUUUGCAAUCUCAGGGAAGAACACAGACCAAAUCAAUAGCCCGCUUAGCUCAUUGUGUGAGAUAUAAAAAUAAAAACAAUAUAAAUUUAGAACAAAUUGGCAAGCACUUACUGAAUACAGUCAUACCUUGCUUGUCGAACUUAAUCUGUUCCGGGAGUCCGUUCGACUCCUGAAACAGUUCGAAAAGCAAGGCACGGCCUCCAAUUGGCUGUAGGAGCUUCCUGCACUCAAAUCAGAAGCCGCGUCGGGCAUUCAGCUUCCAAAAACCUUUUGCAACCUGGAACACUCACUUCCAGGUUUGCGGCGUUCUGCAGCCAAAACAUCCACGUACCUAGGCAUUCGACAACCAAGGUUCGACUGUAUAGCAAGGACUUCAUCCCCCCCCCCGCCACCUUAAUUUUUGAUUUUGUAAAUUCCCUUUGAAAUAGAAUGCAAUUUUGCAUUUAAUUUUGCAGACAUUUUGUAACUGUAAUUUUGCAGAUGUUCUAUUUAAUUCCAGACUUUUAAACAUUUUGUAAAAUCGUAACUAUUGGUGUUGUUUUUCAUAAAGGAAUUAAAAAUCAAUAUAGAGCAUAAUUAAAACCUACAAGUUAAAAGCUAAUCUGAUAACAGUUACAACAAUAGGACUGUAGAAGCACUUAUAUUUUUAUUUUCCACCCUUCAGACAAGUUUGAACUUCUCAAAUCAAACACAUACACACACUCAUGAGAAAUAGAUAAUGUGGCAGGGUCUCUAAUUUAUAAGGUCGUCUCACACUUAGUGACGUGUUUAUUAAAACUAUAAAAAAGUCUUACAAUAAUUAAACAUUAAUGAAGUGAAAACGCUUCCAUGCUGUAAGAAGGAUACCCUUUUGUGUGCAUUCUGGAUAUCCUUUAACAGCACGUAUGAAAAAGCUGAGUAUGCAGUUGCUGUUUUUAAAUAUCAAUUUAUUGGCAAAGUAAAUGUGGGAAAGCUAUUGACACAUCAGUGGAGUAGUCCUUGCAGCUAGAUAAUGCUGUUGGGAGUCAUUGUAGGUGAAGAAGGACUUUCUGACAAGGUAGCAGAGAUAAACAGGAUUAUGAAUUAUCUAUAGAGCUCAGUUGGCUCAAAAGCAGGCUCACCUGACAUUAGCAUCUAAAUUCUGGGAUGGAAUCUGAAUGGGAAAACUGAAGUGGAAUGCAAGGACUAUAUAUAUAUAUAUUAUCACUGAUUGACCUUGGUGUGUUUGAGGCUAAAAACUGGGCCUGAGCAUAUGAAGGUGAUUAAUUUGGCAAAAAUAGUUUGGAGUUGCACAUAAUGAGCAACCUGUAGCAACAUUUCCUUACCUCUGGUGUUCCAUGUCCUGCAUCUGUUUCUUUGUCAGUCAGCAGUCACCUGUUUGUUUUAUUAUCUGAUAUAUUUCUUUUCAGUACAGUGGUACCUUGGUUUAAGAACAGUCCGGUUUAAGAAUGAUUUGGUUUACAAACUCAGCAAAACCGGAAAUAGUGUCCCGGUUUGAGAACUUUACCUCGGUCUAAGAACGGAAUCCGAACAGUGGAAGGGAACCAGCGGUGGGAGGCCUCAUUAGGGAAAGCGCGCCUCAGUUUCAGAACGGUUUCGGUUUAAGAAUGGACUUCCGGAAUGGAUUAAGUUUGUAAACCGAGGUACCGCUGUAUUUGUAUCCUUCCCUUCAGCACAAGGUCACAGGGUGGGUUACAGCUUAACACAAUGUAUACAAUAGGAAAUACCAACAUACCUAGCUUGACGAAACUUAAAAUCAACCAUUUCAAAAUACCUUGCAUAUCUUGAAGCAUUGGCAUCAUCUUGGCAAGACUAAAAUUUUAGUUUCCACUUGCUGCUAGAACCCACUCAAAAGUAGGAGCUUGCCUGAUCUCGUGCUAGUGCUCCCUGCUUUACCCAAUCUUUUUGCUUGCCAUCAGCUGCCAAAAUUAGUGUACUGAUUGGUUCACAAUAAAAGAAGCCAGUUGACCUUGCUGUGCUGGAGUUUAAAUUCCCUGUGGACAUGCCCCCCUUCGGCGCUGAAUGGUUGGAGAAGCUCGGAGAAUCAUUGGAGAAGCACCAACAGCGCAGGGAGAUGACGGCAGGGAGCCCACCAGUCUCCAGCCCUUGGCUGGAUGACGCAGUACCCAGGGCCUGGCUGCAACGCCACCCACCAAAUAAGGUAACCAGACACAUCAAACUAUCACCUUUAUACAGAUUUACAGAAUUCUUUUCAGGAGUUGGAGUUGGCUCAGUUCAAAUGAUUUAAGUGUGGUGGUGAUUAAGCCUUGGUGAUAUUUCGUUAUGGAAACAUUUUGCAUCUGAUGAGCUCUUAAUAAAACUUAACUUCCAUGUGCUCUCAGGAAAACGAGUUUCCAGCAAAGCCGUCCUUUUCUGGGGUGCCAAGCAUUCUCACUGACACGUUCAGAUAAAUUACAAAGGGUUUACCAGCUUGCCUUGUGUCAUAAUGUGCCUUAAGAAGUGCAGUCUGGCUAGCUCCUCCAUGGUCAGCGGUUCUCAACCUGUGGGUCCCCAGAUGUUGGACUACAACUCCCAUCAUCCCUGAGCUCUGGCCUUGCUAGCUAGGGAUGAUGGGAGUUGUAGUCCAACAACAUCUAGGGACCCACACGUUGAGAACUGCUGUCCUAGGUGAUUGGUUGGUGUAUCUUUGGUGCUGGCAGUGUUACAGGUGCCACACAAGUCUUGUUCUGCAGUUGUAAGAAAUUUAACUUUGAAUAUGGCAGCAAAGGUGCCAGCCUGAUGUCCAUGGGGAGUUCCACUGGCUGGCAACACUGCUGUCCUCACUGUACCUGCUUGGAGCAUUUUUGUUAGGUAAGUCCAUUAAGACAUAUGCUGAGAGCCAGUGUGGUGUAGUGGGUAAGAGCGGUAGUCUCGUAAUCUGGGGAACCGGGUUCGCGUCUCCGCUCCUCCACAUGCAGCUGCUGGGUGACCUUGGGCCAGUCACACUUCUCUGAAGUCUCUCAGUCUCACUCACCUCACAGAGUGUUUGUUGUGGGGGAGGAAGGGAAAGGAGAUUGUGAGCCGCUUUGAGACUCCUUAAAGGGAGUGAAAGGCGGGAUAUCAAAUCCAAACUCUUCUUCUUUAAUAUAUUUUAAUGUUAAUUUUAAUUAUUUCAAAAUGCUUUUAUUGGGUAGCAGUUUUUAUUGCUGAUUUUAAUAUUUAUUGUAAACCAGUUGGAGAAUUUAUUACAAUCACGUGGUAUGUAAAUUUUCUUAAAUAUACUAAAUAUGUCGCCGUGUCAUCUGAAAUUCCUUUUAGCAAUUCAUUGAGAAGACAAAUACUUCUGGUGAAGCAUUAAUGCUUACUACCUUUCUCCAAUAAUUACUACAGAUCUAGGAAAACAGGACAAGAAGUUUUGGUUCCCAGGAGAAAUAAUUUAUCAGAACAGCUCCCAGUGAUUUCUGAAAUUGAUUUUGAAAAGAGGGCUCACAGUGGCAUAUUAAACUGUUUUGAAGUAUUGUUAGCUGUGAAAUUGAGUUCCAGCGGGAAGUUCGGAAUGCCUCCCCACACCCCCAAGUAAUGCAAUGGUAUAUAGUCUUCUGCCUUCACCCAAAAGGAAAUCAGUGCACAAUCUGGUGAUAACAGAAUACAUGAUGCAAGGAGGGAGCUGUAGCCCACGAUAGGAAAAGAGGUGGCAAGGGAACACCUAGCUAUGUUAAAUGAAUUAACAUCUCCAGGGCCUGAUGAGCUGCACUUUAGGGUAUUUAAUGAGCUUGUGUAUUUAAUCUAUAGACAGAUUACAUCUUUAAAGGGGGGGGGGGGGAGAGAGAAGACCUAGAUAACUACCAACCGGUCAGCUCGACAUUAAUACCAGGAAAGGUCCCAGAACAGAUAAUUAAACAGACAGUCUGUGAGCACUUUGAAAAGGAUGCCAUAAUUACUAAGACCCAGUGUGCCCUGUUGGAAGCUUACAGCGCCUGCUGUGGCCGCAGAGACCGAUACAGGAGAAAAUGUUUUGUUGCAGCUAGGGCAGAUGAAGGUUGAGCUGCUGCAGAUGCACCGUGGCGUUUUUUUCUCUCUGCGUUCCUCCCAGUGGUCAUUUCUCCUCUGGUCAUUGCUAUGGAUGAUGAACCUGACUGUCUCCAUGCACUGCGGUCAUCUGCAAGGGAUUCUCACAUGGUGGAGUUGAGGUUGCCAGCCUUCAUGUCAUGUUUGCAGAAAUAUUUGUAAUGCAGAGUUGGUCUGGUGCCUGAAGCCAGCUCCCUGUAAAGCACAUCCUGGGGGUGGGGCAGGAUCCUGCUAUCUUCCAUUGUGUGGAUGUGACCUGAGACAAGAGUGUGAACAUACUGUGAAUGUGUGCUUGGGAGAGCACAUCUUUGACAGACCGUCCUGCCACGUGUUGCCCAAAAUCUUUUCCCAUGGGGAUUUACAGCUAUCCCACAUGGUACAGGAACAUCAUUCCAAGAUGCAAACUUUGAAUAAUAUGCUGCAAACUGUUUUGAUAGCCUCUGGAACUUCCCUAGAGAAUGUGUGUGAAAAAAUAACAUUCUUCAUAUCCAUUAUGUAGGUCACAUUCUGAUAAUAUUAAAUUAGUGUGUGUGUGGGGGGAAAUAAACAUAUGAGUCACCAAUUAGCCAGUUAGAUUAAAGACCCCUUACUGGUGUGAGUAUAAAAGGAAAUGAGGAUAUAUUUUCAUUUUUUAUAGUCCCUCCAGUGAAUGGUCAAUUAAUCUUGAUGAUGAUAAAACUGCUAAAGUGUAACGGCAUAAGAGUCCUUGCUCAGUGAUGUAUGCAUUUCACUCCAACCUAGUUCAAACAUAGGCUCUCUUCUGACUGAUAACCGUCAGUUUUGUGAUCAGAGCCAGAUACAUCACCACGUCGUUAAUGACGAAAUAUCUAGCUCAGUCGCAGACAAAACAAAUCUUUUAGAUUAGUUUAAACAAGAAUCCUAUCCAAAAAAAUAAGCACAAGGAAGCUGUAAGCUAUUUAAAAAUAAAAUCCUGAGAAUUUUGGAAAAGAGCUAUCCAGUUGUGUCCUGUUUAUUGCAGGAUGCAGUAGCAAUUCACUGGGGGCCCUCCAGAUAAAUUAUCGUAAAUGACAUUUAUUUUCUAGAGUUAUAGAAAAUGUGCUGCCAUCAACUUGGGAAGGUAGCCCAUCUAGGAGAAGGAAAACUCUGACCUUAAACCUUGUGGGAUAUCUUCGGGAGAAGAAAAGGCUAAGGGGUAAAUCCUACACAAAUCCAGAGUGGAGUCGCUAAGAUGGUUGGAUGGCACCUUGUAUGUCUCCUUCUGGCAAGUCCUACAGCCAAGCAUUGCUCUGCUUUCCUUUGGACCACAUUUGGGAGGGAGGGGGAGAUCUUGUCAUCUGGGCAGCCCAGGACCUCUGUACACACUGACUAGGCUUACACCCUGGUGGGUAAGUCUAAUGCAGUGGUUUGACUUCAUCCCUCCCCCCCAAAGGCGCACUCCACUGUCUCUUGAGACUGACGGAUGCCAACAAGCUGUGAUGUAUAACUGUUCUAAAUAGGUUGCACCCUUCUUUAGAAAUGGGGGUGGGUGGGUCCAUAAAUACAUUUCCUGCACAUAGAAAUCUGGCACACCAGGCUCUUCUCUCUGAUAUGCUAACUUUCCACGGGCAGGAUAUUUCUAGUAUGUGAGGAGCUUGAAGCAUAGAAACCUCCGCUUGCAUUAAGAUGUGGUGCAGUCCGAUGGGGAGCCUAGCUUCAGGUAUUUUUUAGGAUGUCCUGCUCUGAGACUUGCCCACAUUGUUUGUGCAGCUUUCACAAACAUAGAAGGCAAUUUGUGCAUAGUUUUGGGGAAGAGUAGGUUGGGUUGUGUGCGUGCAUGCGUGUACAUAUCUCUGCCAAUUAUUCUGAUGAAAUUGCUGUGUUAAUUCAGCUUUAGUCUCUCAUCUGCAAUGAACAGCAUUUGUUUUCGCUCUUGAUGCUGCUGCUUGAUCAUGCUUUCACACACUGUUUAAAUAUGAAGCAAAAUCAGCAUGCACAGACUCUGACAGAUAAUCUCUUGCAUCCAGAAGCAAGUAAGAUGGAACAGAGAGGAGCUAUAUUCUGCCAUACAGAACUAGAUUUGAACAGCGCUAGUUGCUGUUUGGUUAAUAGAUUCGUAUCAGGCAUUUUAUUCACCAAGUAGCUACUUUUUACAUGCUGCAUUCUAAGAUAAAGAAGGAAGAAUGGUGUAACAGCUACCAGCAGUCAGUUUCCAAAAUCCCAGCCUGAACCAAACAUUGCUAAAGCUGAGCAUGUGGAUUCUGGUGACAAGAAAAUAAUAAUAAUGGCUUUGGGAUGCUUAAGCUACCAGGUAGCUCUUUUGGUUAUGAUCUGAACAUUUUCCUGAAAAUGUACCCUAGAGGGGGACCACAAUCCCACUCAGUCCCUAGGUCAGAAAGCAAGAUUCUACCAAGAUAAGUUAAAGAGAAAAAGACAUGAGAUGCCACCUGCCUUUGAAAAAACAUUUUAGCAUUUUAGAGUUCAUCCUCUACCAGGUGGCUCUGAGAAGAAAAGUGUACCUUCAGAAAUCCAGAGGAAAUGCAGUAUGAGAUGAGAUGGCCUAUUACCAUUUCUUAGAUAUUAAUAGAAUUAAAUAUGAGCAAAAUUGGGAAAGCAAUAUAUUUCUCUCAUAUAGUAGCUUAGGGCAAAACGGACCUAAUGGAACUAAGUGUUUGCUCUCUUUUUUUGGAUUGGGUGCUUGUUCAACCAGAGGAGGAAGAGCUCAUUUUUCUAAGGGUCAUUUCUGAAGUUAACUGGUUUUCUUUCCCACAGCUUACCUUCACAAUGCACACAAAUACUUUCACAUUAUUUUGUUUCACUGAGAAAUGACAGAUGCUCAUUAACAUGCUAUUCGGUCCCACAGUUUCCCAGGGAUCAUUUUCUCUUCAUUUCCCCCUUCCGCAAAGAGCUUUAUAAUCCACGAGGUACUUACUCCAGGACAGACUUACUGUAGUCAGUAGGCCUCCCCCUGCAUAAGAAAUAGGAGGUUUUCUGUUUUCUCUAGUGUAUCUCUGCACCCUUUCACAUCCAUGCCAAGCACACAGAAACUGUGGAAUUGUGAAAUCCGAUCAGUUGCCCAACAUACAUUCAGCUUACCUUUGAGAAGUAUGGUCAGAUCACGUUGCAGGAAGAGUCUAAUUGGUUACCUCACUGGUGUGUGUGACUGUAAAAGGAGUAAGGUCAGGCAAUUAGAUUAUGUUAUGAGUCACAAUUUCUGCGCUGGCUUCAGCAUUUUUAGAAUGUGCAAUCAUCCAUUUCAGCAUCUGCAAAUUGAACAUUAUAGGACCAGAGUUCCCAAACUGGUCAGCUGUGUGUCUGUGAAACUAGAGUGGAAAACCAUACAACAUCUAACACUUGGGGGGAGUUUGGGAACCAGUGUCACAGUAUAUAGAAGCGUUUCCCAAACUUGGGUCUCCAACUGUUUUUGGAGUACAGCACCCAUCAUCCCUAGAGAGCAGUACCAGUGAUCAGGGAUGAUGGGAACUGCAGUUCAAAAACAGCUGUUUGGGAAACACUGGUUAUAUAUAAUCGAAUCCGCUCGAUGGUGGUGAGCUCCUGUUGCUCUGUACCAGCUUCUGCUAACCUAGCAGUUCAAAAGCACACCAGUGCAAGUAGAUAAAUAGGUAUCAUUUUAGCGGGAAGGUAAAUGACGUUUCCAUGCGCUCUGGCACUAGUCAUGGUGUCUUGUGCCAGAAGCAGUUUAGUUAUGCUGACCACAUGACUUGGAAAGGCUGUCUGCAGACAAACGCUGGCUCCCUCAGCCUGAAGUGAGGUGAGCGCUGCACCCCAUAGUUGCCUUUGACUGGACUUAACCAUCCAGGGGUCCUUUACCUUAUAUGUUCAGUGUAUUUAAAGUAUGCCUUUAAAGGCUUAUUUUACCAUGGGGUAGGCGCCCACUAUUUUAUCACACAUUUUCCUUACAUGUAAGUAGAGUAGCUCAAGGCAUCUGUGCUUUACCUAUCUGUUCUACUAAAUAAGAUGCAGAUUGCAAUGAAUUCCUUGUUAUCUUGAACAAUCGAACAUGAGAACCACUCGGGUCCACUGGGCAUAGCAUGUGACCUGGGUCCACAUUCCUGUCCCUUCCCAUCCUUCUCUUCUGCCAGUCUUGCACAAAUCUCUCUGCCACUGUUUACCAGUGCCUGGUUGUAUUAUUAUUAUUAUUAUUAUUAUUAGUGAUAAAUCUCCAACUAGUUUGGAAGUCACACUUGGAUUGUGAGGGCAUUCUUCCCCAUAACAAACCUUUUUAGCCCAAGUGUUACAUUUGAUCGUUUGUUAUGCUGCUGACAUUCCUGAGUUCUGCAGAUACCUUUGCUAAUGCUCUAAUAUUCUCCCUUUGCUCUUACCCAAACUGCAUAACCCAGAGUUUCUUUCUAAAUAAGAUGGAAGCUAUGAUUCAGCAAUAUCCAGAUGGUCUGCAGGUUGCUCACCCCUGCUCUAGGCUGCCAGAUGCAACUCCCUACCCUGGGGCCACCAGCACAAGAUGGAGAACUUGGCACUGAAGUGUCAGCCAAGAGAACUGAAACCCUGAUGUGACCAUCAAUCUCUCAUGUCUUUUAAAUGCUCAGCAAGAGCUGUUUUUCAGCGUUUAGGGCAUGGGUAGGCAAACUAAGGCCCGGGGGCAAACUAAGGCCCAAUUGCCUUCUGAAUCCGGCCCGCGGAUGGUCCGGGAAUCAGCAUGUUUUUACAUGAGUAGAAUGCGUCCUUUUAUUUAAAAUGCAUCUCUAGGUUAUUUGUGGGGCAUAGGAAUUCGUUCAUUUUCCCCCUUCAAAAUAUAGCCUGCCCCACCACAAGGUCUGAGGGACAGUGGACCAGCCCGCUGCUGAAAAAGUUUGCUGACCCCUGGUGUAGGGUUAAGCUAAUAAUGGAUGCUUAUAUAUUAUUAUUAUUUUAUAGAAAGCACUACUGAUGAAUUUUCUGCAUUUCAGAUUUGGAUUCUGUUUGAAAGAAUUUCUACGUGCCUCAAGCCCUCUUUGAAGUACUAGCAACCUCCAUUAAAAAUCUUAUUUAACACAAAGAAAACCCGUACUUUAAUAUUUGCUGAGAGUGCAGUUGAAAUUUCCAAUAGUUAUUAAUCAUGGUGUGUGUUUUGUUGUUUUUUAAAAAAAAUAUAUAACAGUAGCCUUUGAGCAUGUACACUGUGCUCACUUUGUCUUCAAGGUGUCUUUGCAAUACUAAUUAAUCCUCACAUGCUUGAGAUUUUGUGCUGGCUAAGUGCCAAUCACCACCAAUCCCAAUAGGAUGCAUCUUCCAAAAGCUUGUUUGGAGAAGAAAAGGCAGCAUUCUGUGUGCAGAGCUGCGUCUGAAGUGAAGACUGUACUGGUGGCUGAAAGCUUAUCUAAAAAGCACCAUUAUUUGCACCAUCCUUAUGGAGAGAACUUGUAUUCUGUGGCAGAUUCACUAGGUGGUGCUCAACUUCGUUGUUUUUUAGACCGCUCUGCUUUGUUCUGUAUUAAGUAUGCUGAAAUUGGACAUUUUCAUCAGAAUGCUUAAGAAGAUCAGGAGCAACCUUUGAAACUUGAAAACGCAAUACUGAAUGGAUGAAUAAAAUCCAGCAAGGCACUCAUUAUCAUAAAUACGCCAUUUUUAAAAUUAUGAAUGGGAAAAGAAAGUCCAGAAUUUGUACUUAAAUGAAGAGGUGAAGCCAACAAGCUAAAUUAACAUUUGGGAGACUUGUAUACCUGAAGGAGCGUCUCCACCCCCAUCGUUCAGCCCGGACACUGAGAUCCAGCAUCAAGGGCCUUCUGGUGGUUCCCUCACUGUGAGAAGUGAGGUUACAGGGAACAAGGCAGAGGGCCUUCUGGGUGGUGGCGCCCUCCCUGUGGAACGCCCUCCCACCAGAUGUCAAAGAACAAUUACCAGACUUUUAGAAGACAUCUGAAGGCAGCCCUGUUUAGGGAAGCUUUUAAUGUUUGAUGUAUUACAGUAUUUUAAUAUUUUUUUGGAAGCCACCCAGAGUGGCUGCGGAAGCCCAGCCAGAUGGGCGGGGUAUAAAUAAUAAAUUAUUAUUAUUAUUAUUAUUAUUAUUAUUUAUACAACAGUGAUUUCCAAAGCACACAAGACAUCUGUGCACACUUCCAGUGAGGCACCUGUACACCCUUUGUAAGUAUUUCCAGGAGAAGUCAGUGUUAAAUGUUAAUAACAAGCUAGCCUCGGGGAACUGAAAGAAUUUGUAUAAUUUGUUCUAACAUUUUUACAAGUCCCUACGUAAUAUGCAGGAGUUGCGUGCUUGUUUGAUGCAGGCAGGUAUUUAGGGAAGGCAAUAGUUUAAUAUAAAGGAAUCAGAAAUGAAUGUCACUUGUGUUUUCAUA